AUGGCUGCCUUGCACGUCUGUCUGGGACAGUCGUACGAGGCAGUUAUCGAUUGGAGUAAAAAUUAAAAAAUGUAAGGUAAAAUGUAUAAAUUGUUGCCAUUUGCCUUCCUACCAGUUAAUUUAGUUGACUAACAAUUUCUGUCUGAUUUAGUCCACUAAAAUUCUAGAGAUUUAGUCUACUAAAAUACGACUAAAACUAAAAUAAUUCAGAUGACUAAAAUACGACUAAAACUAAAAUGGAUUUUUAGUCAAAGGUGCACAAUGUGCACUGUACCCAUAGCCACAUAAAUGCUAUACUAUGCUUGAUACCCAGUUUGCACCAGUUGUUGUGGCUGUGCAAACCUGCUUGUUUACCAAAUGCACAAAUAAAAUAAAGAAUUUAAAAAAAUAAAAAUAAUAAUCAUUCUCAGGAACUAGAUACAGCAGUAACCUAAACAGUCUCACACUACAAUGAGUGACACAGGCUUUAUCCCAUUCCCUCACAGGAACAUCAAAGAGACUUUCUCCAUCAGUGCCUAAAAUCGGUGUCAAGAAGAAUCUGGUUUGGAAAUAUUAUUAUUAUUAUUGGUAUUUAUAUAGCACCAGCUUAUUCCGCAGCGCUUUACAAUAAAAGGUGAAUUUACCAAAUGAGACAAUAACAAGAUGUAAUAGGAACAAUAGGUAAUUGAGGACCCUGCUCAAACAAGCUUACAGUCUAGAGGAGGUGGGGUAUAAAAACACAAUAGGAAGGAUAUUGAGAGAGACAUCAAAUAGACAUGGUGGGAAAGUGGCAGGACUGAAGGUGAAAGUGGAAUGUGGCUCUAUAGGAGAGAGCAAGACAGGAGAAGGUCACUAGUAGAGUGGAGAGACCGAUAGGGGACAAACCUAUGAAUCAGUGAAGAAAUAUGAUUGGUUUAUUAUUCCUCCUUUUCUUCCCUCUAUUGGUCACUUCUUGAUCUGUGAAUAAAAUGAACCUUAGUGACUCCCCACUAACCAUCAAUCACCAUUUUUUUCUACCUUUUGAUUGGACAAGAUAUGCAGCCCAGAUCAUUUGGCAGACAUAUUGUCCAGCAAACCACAAUUGGCCCAAAUUCAGGCGAAUUUUAGUUUGGACAAAACUGAAUGCUCAAGUCUAGUCCAAAUCUCUUUAGCCAUAGAUGACACUGGACUACAAUUCACAUUAUUCUUUAGAAAACUAAGGCUAUUGAUGAAUCAUGGCAUUAGUAUUAUUUAGGUCAACAGCUUCAUUAAAGAAAGGUUGUCUGUGCAUGUGGUUCUGUUCUGUACUGUUUAUUAACAUUUUGGGUCCAGUAAUGGUGUAAAGUACAGCAAGCAGUGGACCUCAGCAUCAGUUGCCACGUAUUGAAAAAAAAUCUGAUGAGAACAGACAUGGUGAGGAAAUAAUUAGUGUAUCGUCAAGUUUAGAGGUGUACAGACGCAUUACUUAAGUGUUCACAUCAGUAAAAUGCAGUAAUAUUGAUGACAAUUCAUUCACACAAUUUAGCAGACUGUACAUGUAGUUUGAGGUCCAGUAUGGACAAUUAUGGAAUUUUUACAGUUUGUUUCUCACUGCAGAUCUUGCUAUUGUGAUCCAUUUCUUCUAUGGACUGAAGUCCAAGAGCUUUUAGAAUAGCAAAGAAAAGGAAGGAAUUUGGUCCAUACCAAUAUGACUUGUGAGUGUCAGAUCUGCUGGUUUAUCUACAUUUAUUCAUUGCAUUGCAUUGUUAUCCAUUUCCUCAUUAAACCCAAGACAUGUGUCUCACUCCAGAGCAUGUGUUCUUCCUCAUAAAUCAGCUGGUCAGCAUCCUUCUCCAGUUUGCCUGGUGGCAGCUGCAUUCCUGCAUACUGCCAUUUGCUAUUUGAUAAUCUGCUAUGUAUGUGUAACUAAAUAAUAAUAUUAAUAGUAACACAUUUCAAAUAUAAUAAAUAUUUCAAUUGGUCAUUCUACACAUGCAAGUAGUUAUGGCAAAAUGUGAUAAAGACCCUUAGUAGGGUGUUUUAAAAAAUAAAUAAAAAAUUAGAUCACGUUUGGAAUGCAUACAUGCAGGUAUAUGUACAUCUCAGAUGCUUUUAGGUGUAAAAUACCUAAAACGUUCUAUUUCCCACUAUCCUCCCUCCCAAAGAAAAACAAAAAACAUCAACUUCUCUUUUACUUGCUCCAUGAUUUUGAGGACACUUAAGAGCAAAGGUGCUCAUCUUUUUAAAAGCUGAAUGCCACUUUGAAAAGUUAGUAGAGGUACAGACAACAGACAAUAAAAACACUUACUCUGCUUAUUUUUUUUUUUUACUAAUAGUCAAAUGUUAGGAAAUAUUCCUGUGUAGCUAUUCAGAGGCAGUGCACCAGAUGACAAUCAGUAUGUGCUUCCAUAGAGGGAGAAUAUUCUGGACACGUGCAUUCUUAAAUUGACAAAAAUCUAUCCUUUUCCCCUUUCUACUAUUAUAUCUCCACUUUGGCUGAAUUUUUUUUUUCACAAUGGUAGAAUUUUGGCUGAAUUUUGGUCCGAACAAUUUGAGAACGUAAUCUCAACAGACAAAAAAGCAGUAAAAAUUGUGCAUUUGAUUGUUGACAUGCAAAAACAGCUACAAUAUUGCCUGGCCUAUAAGAAUAUGAAUUGACUAGCCCUUACACUAUGGAGCAAAUGCCCAGCAUUAGGCUGGACAUCCUCCACUACCACCACCAUACCAGGCAUUGUGGGCUGCCACAGGUGUGUUGUCAAGGAAAGAAAGGCAAGCAGGCCAGUAGGAGCACUCCAUACAUUUGGGAAAUCAGGUAGGCGAUUUUGUUAGGCUGCGCUUUUGAGUAGGGCCUGGAAUGAAAUCCAACAAAAUGCUCAAGAGUGAGCUGGUUGACAACUAUUGACACAUUCUAUGGGAUGAUGAGGACUCCAACUGUCCCUGUCCAACCUGCCUCUGUUGAUAACUGGCAGUAUCCUUAACGUCUCACUGCUCUGCUUAAGAGUGGAAGAGAUGUGAUAGUGGAGGUGGUAGAGCUGCUGCAUAACCCUUUUUUAAAUGCCCGUCAUUGUAAUGUAGUUUAAAAAUGGGUUGCUGCUUGGUGGAUUUACUACUACUGUAGCCUCAGUAAUAAAAACUAGUGAGAUGACCCUUCACCUGCCCCCUUCUCACAUUCUUGAUGUACAAUUUGCUGCCAUUUGGCCCACUUGGGUGCACUGAACAUGAUCCCAAAGUUUGCUUUGUAGCACAGUACCAAUUGCCUUGUGACUGCUAGAUGUUGGUGGAUUUGUAUCAGUGGAAGCUGUCACACUAGCCUUUAUUUGACCAACUUAAUUAAGUUAGUUAAUUAAUGCUAAUGGAUAUGUUGAUUGUGGCAGUACAAGUAAUGUAACAUUGACAAUUGGUACAGCUAAUGUCUUAUCUGUCUCUACUGGAUGAGCCAAUUUUACAGCAGAUGGACUUGAAGAUGCUGGACAAUAUACAGUAGGGGACUGCACACUAGCUGCCAAAGGAAAUACUGGUUAUGAAAGUGGUGGUGGAGUACUUGUGGUAGAAUUGUCAAUGGUCAACAUAACAAAGGUCUUCCAAAUAUCAGAAGCCAUGGCUCUACUGCUGAUGAUGGAUUGAGGAACAAGACCCUCACUUAAAUUUGACUUGGAAGUAAUAUGUUCCAUAUAUGAUGGUGGGCUUGCUUUUAUUACAGUAAAUUUGGAAUAGGGAAGUUUGUGUAAAUUAUCACAAUUUCAUUCAGCAAAAAUAGUUGCUUGUAUUUCACACACACACCUACGCACGUACAAACGCGCAUUCGUGCUGAAGGUUACUUUGGAUUUUCAAAUGAUUUGUAAUAAAUAUUAUAUUUCCUGUGAUAUUUGGAGUGGGUAGUAAGGAGCCAGCAGUGGUCAUGUCCAUGAUAAAGGCCUCUGUGUAGGCCAAAACAUUGCACUUUUUGUUCCAAUAAACCUGCCUUCCUGCAGCAACCCUGAGUGGCUGGACCUAAUUUAUUUUAACAUGAUAUAAUUAGUGCCAUGGACAACAUAUCUGCCCUCAAUGGGGCUAUGUGUGCCAGGAUGACAGUCUAUCCAUAAACUACUGCAGUAGCACUUAUGGGGCUUAAAAUGCACUGAAAUUAACUCAAAUUGCAUCGCAUGUGCAGUUAUACAGAUGCUCACGAUGCACUUUCCCUUAGUACUCCUGUCACUGGUGACAGUGUCAGUAUGUUAGGUGAUCAGUGAAACUAAGGAAAAAUUGUGUGUCAGAUGGAGAGACACUGUGAUGAGGCAGGUCUGCAAUUCACUCAUUGAACUCUCAAUGUAAGGACUAUAUGACCAUGUGAUUAUGUUUGUUAAAUGCUUAAACAAUUUCCCUGCAUUAUAUAAAACAGAUAAAUGCUAAUAUAAUGUUUUCGUCUCCACAUCCCCAACUCUCAUCAGUUAGAGGAGAUUGGGACAUUAUUGAAUAACCAUGCACUGCUUGUCUGGUACUGCUACACAUGUGCCCCAUCUUGCAUAUAGGUUUCCGAACUCCCAAAUGCAUGGCGUUCAUAUUGAAAAAAACUAUUUAUCUCUCUCCGAAACAACUUUCUACUUCAUAUUUAUUAUUCUUUGCUUAUUAAACCUUAGUAGCUAAGCCGAUAACAUAAUGUCUUUCUAUUACAACCAGCAGCCUAGCUUUGUGAUAUAUUAGUUGUUGUGGCUUUAGUUUUUAUCUGCUGCAACUUGUUAGUCACAGCAAGAGAAACUCCACAAAAUUAAUAUUUAAAUGUACAAACAUAUGUUUUGAAGACUGUACUUUUUGAGAAUAGUAAUCAGAUAUGUAUAUUAGUGCUGAAUGGCUCGUAAACUGUGAAUUUUUUUUACUGUGCGUUGUUUUGAAGUUUCAUUCAAACAUUUAAGAUUUUCUAACUUGUUUUCAGAUUAUUGAGCAAUUUAUGUUGAUAAUUAUCUGACACUGUGAAUUAAAAUGCCAGUAAAGGGUUAAACGGGCAGGUCCCACACCUGUUAAAUGUGAGCAUACAGGGUGUGUUUACUCAGGUACGGGACAGAUCUAUAUAAACUGAGAGGAUUCUACAGUGGAGAGACUGAAGGAGAAUCAAAAGAAGAAGAAAACGCAAAAGAGAGAAAAAGGAAUCGGAGAAGGCAAGGAAAAAAAACAGGUAGAAGAAAAGAGGGGGUUGGGAGAAAAAUAAAAAAUAAAAAAAGAAGAUAUUUGCAUGAUAGAGAAGGAAGGCAAACAUUAAGAUUUGGUAGAUAGUGUUGAGAUAAGAAGUGCAGAAAAGAACAAGGAAAUAUAUGAAAGGAGAUAUGGAAAACAAAUAUUAAGGAAUAAAAAAGCUAUACACAGAGAAACAGAUUAACAGAACAAGUGAAGGGAGAGGAAGGAAGAAAGUGACAUCCCUCACACCAGUGACACGUGUCUCUUCAAGGAUUUAAAGCAUCGUCAGCGAGAGACAGAGGGAGGAGAAAGGACUCAAACAAGGGGGUGGGAGAAAGAAGGGAGUAAAAUAAAGGGGAACAUAGAAAGUAGACAGUAGGUAAAACAGAGGUGUCACAUAGUUGAAACCAAUGACAGUGUGACAACCCGCAGGUGGCACAUUACAGAAAGGUAAAAUUCAAAACUUAGAAAAACAGCUUUGAAACAAUGUAUUGUUCUAAAAGAAACACCUGCAGUUAGUUAUGCAUUCAAUGCUAUGUUUUACUUUUUGAUUAUUUAGCAGAAUAAUUAGCUAUUCUAUGAUGCCUCUACUGUCUUUUAUGUCCUAGGUUUAAUUGUCUGUUUCUGCAACAUUUUUGGUUUAGAAUAAUUUUGUGCAAGAUUAGUGCAAUGUUUAAAAUUAGUUCCAUCCCUUUAAGUUUAGUAAUUAGAGGAUAAAAGGCGGAGGUGAAUUGGGGAAUUUCUGCGGGUUCUUAUCUUUUUUAGCUUAGAUCCUAUAAUCUUAAACCAAAUGUUCAGAAGUUGUAUACUUAUAUACCUGAUUACACGUAAUUUAAGAAAUUGUGAUAUUAUUCAUCCAAAUGUUCCAAACUAAUUUCAAGAAUAAUGUUCACUUGUAAAAUAUUGAAAACUGAUUUUUACCUAAAGCCAUUGAUAAACUUUUCAAUAAAAUUGAAUGCAGUAUUGUUUUAGAAUGUAUAUGUUUUAUUAAUCCCAUAGAAAUACAAAAUCAGUUUACCAAAUUUAAACAUAUAUAUGUGUGUGUGUGUGUGUGUGUGUGUGUAUGUAUGUAUGUAUAUAUAUAUAUAUAUAUAUAUAUAUAUAUAUAUAUAUAUACACACAUUUUAAUAAUAUAUUCCUUUAUUUAUUAUACAAGAGUGUUGCAAGAGAAAUACCCUUUCUCUGAAACAUUUAAACAUUUUUUACAUUUUUUUAAUGGAAAAUAAACUAUUUUAAAUGUGAAAAUUAAUCCACAGGGAUGCAUUAAAACAUUGUUUAUAUAUCUGUAAAUAUCUUAUAUAAUUCAUUCCCUGGUGAAUUACUAACUUUGUCCAGUCUUAUUAUUCAAAGAUUUUUAAUGAGCACUGCUUAAAACAAUCAAAAUAUUUGGCAAGAACAGCUUAGUCUGGCAUUAAACAGCAAAGCGAAGAGUGUGUUAAAGUUCCAUCAGUUAAUCAACUGACAAACAUGACAUUAAACAUUUGCUUUUGUAUUUAUUAGUAUGGUCUAAAUGUGAAAAUCAGUUGGUAAAAUAAAGUUAUCAAUGUAGUGCUUUAAAAAAUGAAUUUGAAGAGUAGGAUUAUUCCAUAGUUAACAACAGAGUGAUAUGAUGAUCAGAAAAGUUAUGCCUAUUUCUUUUUUGGGGGUAGAGGGUGGGGGUGGUAGAGGUCUCCGCAAGCAUAGGCUCUGUCUCAUUUUAUGCAAUAAUAUCUAAUUAGUCAAUAUUGUAUACACAGUAAAUUCUUUUUAUUUUUUAUGCCAUGCUGACACACAUAUGGCUAAAUUUACCACACGAUAAGUUUAUGUAAUAUUGCUUCAACAGACAUUUAGAGACCAGAAUUAACUAUUCUUUUUCAUGGCAAAAAUAGGCUGAAAAUUAAUAACUUGAAUACACAGCUUAAUGUAACGUUUGUUUCCAUAGGCCACCAAUAAACUUAAUUAAUACAGGAAUCCUUUUCAUAAAACCUUUUAUUCCACAAAAGAAGAGCUAAGAGCACAGUGUUCUGGUGGAAUCGAACAAUCUGACCUCAAUAUAUCCAUGGGUCCUAUUUUAAGUACCAAUUCUUUGCCUCUUAUCCCUGUUUGGGAUGAUCUCUUUGUGCAGACUGUGGCCCCUUUAACAGGCUUAGAAAUGUCUUUAUCUCUGCUCAGCCACUGGAAUAUAUGGGAUUUCACCACUUAGCAACGGAUAUAGGAUUUACAACACAUAUGUACUUGCCAUGUAAUACAUUCUAUGAAUCUGAAAUUUUGUAGCACAAAGUUUAUAUUAGUUUAUACUAAUUGUAUAUGUCAUGCUGUGCAUUAUGCGUUGUAAUAAAUAUAUUGCUAGAAGUUAAGUGAGAUACUGGUAUAAUUUUGUACUAAGCGUUUAGGUUUUUCUAGGUUAUGUCAAUGAAUUUACUGUGCAAGAAUAAAUUAUAAACAAACCUUUUAGCUGUUCUGCUUGAAGCAACACAGAAGAAAAGUAUCAACAGAAUACAUUUUAAAAUAAAAUAUAUUGGAGUAUAGAUGCAGUGUUGCCCUCGAAAUGUAUGAAGACUGAAACUGCAGUAGCAAAAAUGAAUAAUUUAGGACAAUUCAAAAGCUCACAUUUUUCAUUAAAUUCUUGUAUUUAAUCAGUACCUGAUGUAAUGAUGAAUCGUUUUCGUAACCCCAUUUAUUCCAAAACUGAAAUUCUUGCAGGGCAGCUCUUUACUACUUCUGAAACAUAUUAAAUUGAUUAGUAAAGGCAGCAAUGAGGUAAAACUUUUUUUUUUAAAUGAAAUAGGCCUCCUAUUUUAUCACAUUCCACUCAGCAGGUUGGGUGUCAACAUUCUGAUCAGGUGGGUAUGAAACAGACAACUUGUUGAUACCCAUUCCAAGCUUUUAGAGCAGUUAACCACAGCUUCCUCCAAUUUCUGUAUCCAAUGAACUCAGGAGUGUGAGUAGUGAGCUUGAGUGAAUUGCUUGCAUGUGCCAAAACAUAUCCCACCACCAUAAGAAGUCCUGUGGAUUCCCAAAUCUGGUUUUAAUGGUAUAUAUCUCCCUAAAUAUGAUGCUAGCAUAUUGUCCAACCAUUCCUAGAAAUAUGUACCACUAACAAACAUUAACUAUAUUGAACUUGAUGUCAGAUAUGUGACAGUCUGGCACAGCCAAACCACUCACAUACAUGAAGAGGUGCAUACAAGGUGGUGUAAAUGUGCUGUGCCAUAGCUGUGUAUGUAAGCAUAUAGAUGGAAAGUGGAUGGCCUGUUAAAUUUGUUUGUUGGCAUCCUCUGGCACUGUAUCUUUGGUUGAGAUGGCUGAUACUUCUAGAGUCUAAAAAUGAGCGUGUAAUGCACCCUAUAAAUUAAGUGAGCAAAAAACAGGUGCAAGAGAAUUCUGAGAACAGGCAGCAGCUAAAAUAGCCUGCCCUUCGGUGGGUCCCCGCUCAGUUUUCAAGCUAGUUUUAGCUCAUCUUGUGCCAUUACAGAAAGAACAUCUCUGAAACAUAUCAGACUGGUCCCACCCAUACAGGCAGUCCAGAUCCGAAAUGCCAGCAAGUUCCCUCUGCACGAGGGACACAGCAACCCCAGACGAUUGUUUCAGCCUUGUUAGGCAUCAUCAGUGAGGCAUAGCUGAUAUCUCUCUAGGCACCAUGAGAAAGGGGUCCACGCCUGGAUUACCUUUUAAACUUAUGGAGAGCAAAGAACGGGCGCAAGUAACCCACAUUCUUUUGCUCAUUAGACUAUGGAAAGGGAGAAGGGUGCUGUGCAAGUGCCUGUUUGUUAAACUGGGAUCCAGGAGGCUUCUGCAGUGAAAAUGGGGUAGAAUUAAUGUAAGUGGCACUUGCCUCAAUCCCUUACUUCACCCACACACCCCUGUACAUAUGAUUUUAAGAAUAAGGGGUAUACUAUUGGCUUUAUACUACAUUAUAGAGGCUUCUGGGAUCCCCACAUUAAUAAAUUAUCCAACAUAUAACAGCAAAUGUUACGGAAAAGAGUUAGAGGAGCCAUGGCAGUUAUUAAUUUUCACAGUCUCUUCCAACUACAACAAAUUAGGUUGCAGAGAAGAAGAGUGAUACAACUUUGGUCCUAUUUUGUUGCUGGAGACCACCAAGUUUUAUACUCUGUGCAUUCAGUUUCAGACUAAUUGCAAUCAGUCCGAAUUUCAUUUUGCUGACGCUGUAUACUGAAAUGACUAAACGACUGGUACAAUGGAUGAGAAUUGUUAAUUUGCUUUGGGAUUUGGAGUUCCACCUGUGGAACAAAACAAGUGAUUAUUGAUGGGGGAAAAAGGUUGGUGGCUCAGGGGCAACAACUAAAUGUUGAUUUUAUUCAAAGAUAAGUGAAAUGGAUGAACCAACAGAACGAAAAAAAAAGCAGGAGCCGUAAAAUACAUAAUAUUUAUGUUAUGUAUAUAUUUUGCAGUACACUUUUUGACCCUAUUUCUCACCCUCUUUUUGAUUGUCCAAAUUGUUUUCCUGAAUAGUUUUCAUAGAUGUUAUUCGGGCAAGCCAAACCCUUAAAAGAACAAGUGUCAGAAGUUCCGGACUAAAUUUUAUAUUUGAUAAGGCCAAAACACAUUUUUCCACUGUGCACAAUUCUGCUCAGUGGCAACGUGCUUGUUUUUUCAUUGAAUGUGCAUAUGAAUUAUUUUAGUAAAUAUUUGAAUUUCAUUUUGGGUUUAAAUUUGGAAGUUAAUGUAGUUCUAAAGAUUUUUUUGGAGCUUAACAAAUAACCUCUAUGUGUAUAUAGACAAAUGUUAUGCCUGGUUUUGAAAUUGGUGCUGAUAAUAACUUCUUAUAAUCCAAGUGUUAGGAACACCAUUUCAUAUCAUAUCAUGCCUGGUCAUUGGUACUUGAGGAGUUGAGGAAUAAGAAUCAAGUGAAGCAGGUUGAUAUAAAGGAGAUAAGACACUUGUUAAAAGUUAUUGAAGGAAUAAUGUUAAUCAAUCGUUUAGGUUAAAUAUUUCUGUAUAUUUUCUCUAGACAUUAAUGCCCAGCAGUGUGAAGAAAUGGGCAGCAGCAGUACAAACCUCCCUGGCGGCACUCAUUCCCAUCUGGAUCUUCAGGAUUCCACUCUUACCAGUCUGGAUAAACCUCCAGAAGAGGGGACAUCUGGUUACUAUCUGCCAUUCUGCGAUAUGCUCUUUGGAGCUGACGGAGGUAACUGGGUAUCAAAAGGAUUAAUACCAGUUGGACAUCGGGGGGAAGUGCAAAAGGAACCAGAGCAAUGCCCUAUUAUAGACAGCCAGGGACUACACCAUGAAUUGGAAUAUCAAACCUCAUUACAUAUGGAAGAUCAUUCUUUGGAGCAAAUGCAGACUAUGGUAGUGGGGGAAGUGUUGAAAGACAUUGAAACUGCAUGUAAACUUCUCAACAUAUCAGCAGGUAAGUUGAUUUUUGAUAUUACAUUAUAAUUUUAACAUGCAAAGUCAUAUGCUAUUCCGUAAGGAUAAAAAAGAUGUGCAUAUGAAUUAUUUUUAGUAAAUAUUUGAAUUGCAUUGUGGGUGACAUUUGGAGGUUAAAUGUUGUAGUGCUAAAGUUUUAUUUUUAGCUUAACAAAUAAUACAAACUUACAUUACUAACGCCAUGGCGCCGCUGUCCCUAGUUAGAUUCAUGUCCACCCAGUUUCUGAUGUUAAAACCUGUAUAAAAAGCUUUUUUUUUUCUAGCACCAACACUUUCUCUGCAUUCUGCACCUCUCCAAAUUAAAUUAAGUUCUUUCCUAUGGGCUUCUGUGUCCUGUGACCAAGUUUUACUUGGUCAUUGCUGCCGGGACUCCUUUAGUUGGUGUCUUCUAGACAGCCAAUAGAGGGUGUUUAAUCCUGCAAUGUAAGCAUUGCAAUUUCUACAAAACUGCAAUGUUUUACAUUGCAGGGUUAAAACUACAGGGACACUGCACACAGACCACUUGCUUAAAGGACCACUAUAGGCACCCAGACCACUUCAGCUUAAUGAAGUGGUCUGGGUGCCAGGUCCAGCUAGGUUAACCCUUUUUUUUAAUAAACAUAGCAGUUUCAGAGAAACUGCUAUGUUUAUGUUAGGGUUAAUCCAGCCUCCAGUGGCUGUCUCCUGACAGCCGCUAGAGGCGCUUGCGUGCUUCUCACUGUGAAAAUCACAGUGAGAAGACGCCAGCGUCCAUAGGAAAGCAUUGUGAAUGCUUUCCUAUGGACUGGCUGAAUGCGCGCGCGCGCGUCUUCUGCAUGCGCAUUCAGCCAUCUGGAUCUUCAGGAUUCCACUCUUACCAGUCUGGAUAAACCUCCAGAAGAGGGGACAUCUGGUUACUAUCUGCCAUUCUGCGAUAUGCUCUUUGGAGCCGACGGAGGUAACUGGGUAUCAAAAGGAUUAAUACCAGUUGGACAUCGGGGGGAAGUGCAAAAGGAACCAGAGCAAUGCCCUAUUAUAGACAGCCAGGGACUACACCAUGAAUUGGAAUAUCAAACCUCAUUACAUAUGGAAGAUCAUUCUUUGGAGCAAAUGCAGACUAUGGUAGUGGGGGAAGUGUUGAAAGACAUUGAAACUGCAUGUAAACUUCUCAACAUAUCAGCAGGUAAGUUGAUUUUUGAUAUUACAUUAUAAUUUUAACAUGCAAAGUCAUAUGCUAUUCCGUAAGGAUAAAAAAGAUGUGCAUAUGAAUUAUUUUUAGUAAAUAUUUGAAUUGCAUUGUGGGUGACAUUUGGAGGUUAAAUGUUGUAGUGCUAAAGUUUUAUUUUUAGCUUAACAAAUAAUACAAACUUACAUUACUAACGCCAUGGCGCCGCUGUCCCUAGUUAGAUUCAUGUCCACCCAGUUUCUGAUGUUAAAACCUGUAUAAAAAGCUUUUUUUUUUCUAGCACCAACACUUUCUCUGCAUUCUGCACCUCUCCAAAUUAAAUUAAGUUCUUUCCUAUGGGCUUCUGUGUCCUGUGACCAAGUUUUACUUGGUCAUUGCUGCCGGGACUCCUUUAGUUGGUGUCUUCUAGACAGCCAAUAGAGGGUGUUUAAUCCUGCAAUGUAAGCAUUGCAAUUUCUACAAAACUGCAAUGUUUUACAUUGCAGGGUUAAAACUACAGGGACACUGCACACAGACCACUUGCUUAAAGGACCACUAUAGGCACCCAGACCACUUCAGCUUAAUGAAGUGGUCUGGGUGCCAGGUCCAGCUAGGUUAACCCUUUUUUUUAAUAAACAUAGCAGUUUCAGAGAAACUGCUAUGUUUAUGUUAGGGUUAAUCCAGCCUCCAGUGGCUGUCUCCUGACAGCCGCUAGAGGCGCUUGCGUGCUUCUCACUGUGAAAAUCACAGUGAGAAGACGCCAGCGUCCAUAGGAAAGCAUUGUGAAUGCUUUCCUAUGGACUGGCUGAAUGCGCGCGCGGCUCCUGCAUGCGCAUUCAGCCGAAGAGGAGGAGAAGAGAGAGGAGAGAAGGAGGAGAGCUCCCCACCCGGCGCUGGAGAAAGAGGUAAGUUUAACAACACUGUGACAACACUGAAGAAAUCACACUCUGCUACAAUGUAAAGUAGUAAGUGUACAGCCUGUGUAACAGUGUAAACUUGCUGUCCUCUCAAAUAUAUAUUUUUAGUUAUGUAUAUUUACAUUAUAUAUAAAAAAAAUAUAUUUUAUUUUUGAAAAUUGCACUUUUUUUUUUUUUUAUCUAGCUGAGCAGCCAUGUCGGUCAGACUCACGGUUACCUGGUCAACUGCUGCUCAGCCUCAACUUGUCUGCAGCUGUGGUUGCUCUGUGUGAAACUUCAAACACAGGCGUUUUAGAUUGAUCAGCAGUUGGCCAGUUAACUGUAGAGUCUGACUUAAUAUGGGCUGCUCAUCCAAAUAAAAGUGCAAAGAAAUUAUUAUUAUUUUUUUUCUUUAUCUGGGUGACCUUCUCCCAAGUGUCCCACUUGCCAGGGAUACAUUCAUGACAUCUAUGAAGCUAAUAUCAUGCUCCAGACCCUUUUGCUCUCAGUUUAGGUGAUUACAAAAUGUUAAAUCCCUUAAUGACUAUUGAUGCAUUCUUAAAAUAUUACAUUGUACAUGAUGCAUUUUUUAACAGUAUAUAAAAUAAAUAAAUCAAUAAAUUAUUAAAAUGUGUGAGCUCAUAUAUAUGUGCAAUGAUAUAUAUAUAUAUACAUAUCAGGUAAUUAGGUAAAUAUCCACCAAUCCCUGUGUACAUUCCUUUACAUGAGAAGCAACAGCUUUGAAAAUACAUACAAAUAUUUUAGAUUUUAUGAGCAAGUGUGGCUGUUUGUGAUUGUUAAUUACUCUCUGCUGGUAAUUUGCUGAGUCAAAAGAUUGAUGAAUUUUAGGCUCAGACAUGUUCUCUUUCACUUGCCUUUAUCCAACACCAUGCUUUGCUCUUGGACACUGACCGCCACCAUCAAUCCAUCUACAUACCAGACACCACCAUCAAAACUCCAACUUGCUUCCCAAUCCACCAUAUAAAUGCACACAUAACCAUCACUAUUAUAUGCUCACAUACUAUCUAGCUAAGCACUUUGUAUAAAAGAACUUCAAUUGGUAGAUCUCAGCUUACAGGCAGGGCCCUCUCUAUCGUUUGUGUUUUUCUCUAUAUAUUGCAUGUUCUUCCCUAAUGGUACAGCGCGGCAGAUAUGUUGGCACUUUAUAAAUACCAGUAAUAAAUAAAUAUCAAAACCAUACUGACCUCUGCUGCUAUGCCCCUAUUAAAUCCAAAAACAGUGUCUGCUUGCCGUCACAUUGCAACCCCACACUUGCACCCACUCUCUUAAAAUCCACUAUCUAUUCCCCUUAAGUCUAGGUGCUGUACUCAAUGUCAGGUCCAGCACCCCUCUAUCUUUGCUACACACAAAGGCAUUGCACCACCCAAACAGACUAUGCUGUAGAUGUGCCAAAUUCAGCAAUUAAAAUAUGCCAUUUAAUAUGCAUCUUUUUAAACAUGGCACACAGGCUACACACCGGGUCCUAAUGUCCUGGAACAAAUUGCUAUAGGAUUGCUAAAUUCAGCAAUACAAUGAUUAGUUUAAUAUGUAGAUUUUAACAUUGAUGUACAGGUUACACACUAGAUCUUGGUGGCAAAGAAGCCAUUAGUUGCUAUCCACAAAUGUCCUAGCCACACUUCUAAGUGAAAGGAGAACUCAUUGAACUCAGGGGCUGUUACAGAUUGUCAAUGUCAGCAUGUUAUACGUCUAAUGUCCUGGAACAAAGUUUGUGAGCAAUACCCACACCAGCUCACACUGCAGAACAAGAAAAGGACUUGAGUUAAUUUACUUGCAGCACACAGCUCUGUCACUGAUCCAUUCCAUUCCACACCUGAAUAGUGCAAAGAGAAGAGUUAAGAUAUCACACGUCUUGAUGUUAUAACUCUGCACCUUGUCAGGCACGUACCAGAAUGCAAGAGAACCAUGGCACAUAUGUGUACAGCUGGUGUAUGCAAACACCUGGCGCAUCAGCCACUGUGCCAAAAGAAAAAUUGAACUAAAUGGGGGAGUGGUAGGAUAUAUGGAAAAUUGAGGGUAAUUUUGUGAACAGGAUAGAGUAGGUUAAACAGUUAUGGGGUGGGGUAAUUGACUAGGGAAAGUGGGGCCAUAAAUUGUGAUGAGGGUUCAUUGUUUUGGGGGGGGAAUUUGGGUGGGAAAUUGUGGAAGGACGCUGCUUUAUUAGACAGGGUAAUGUAAAUUGUCGAGGGAAAUCAAUUUGCUGGAAAUAAGUAUAGAGAUGUGAAUAUGGUAAGUAAAAUAUUGUUUGGGGGUAACUGGCACUGGGAAAUGGUGGUGUGAAUAGGGUAUGGAGAGUAGUUGGCAUGGGUAAGUGCAGCUGUACAUUGUAAAGAGAUUAAUGACCAGGGGAAAAAGUAAGGUUGUAAAUUGUGGACAGAGUGGUUACUUAGCAUAUUAAAAUAGAUAUGUAAAUUAUUGAGGUGGCAAAAUUGACUGGAGAAUUGAGAAUGUGAACAUAGUUAGGUGAAAUAUUAGCAAGAGAGUAUUGUGAUAUAAAUAUUGUAAGGCUAGUCACUUGGCAAGAGUCUAUAGGAGAAUUUUGAGGGACAUUGUAGCAUGUGUAAUUGCCAGGAGUAUGUGGACGUAGUAAAUAAUGGUAAGAUUAAUUCUUUGUUAGAGUAAAGUAUUAAUGUAUAUUGUUGAGGGGGAUUAAUGGUCAGUAGUAUUAAAGGGCCACUAUAGUGCCAGGAAAACAUACUCGUUUUCCUGGCACUAUAGUGCCCUGAGGGUGCCCCCACCCUCAGGGACCCCCUCCCGCCGUGCUAGAUGGCGAGGAAAGGGGUUAAACUCACCUUUAUUCCAGCGCCGGGCGGGGAGCUCUCCUCUCCGCCUUCGAUCCUCCUCCUGGGCUGAAUGCGCAUGCGCGGCAAGAGCUGCGCACGCAUUCAGUCGGUCUCAUAGGAAAGCAUUCAUAAUGCUUUCCUAUGGACGCUUUCGUGUUCUCACUGUGAUUUUCACAGUGAGAAGCACGCAAGCGCCUCUAGCGGCUGUCAAUGAGACAGCCACUAGAGGAUUUGGAGGCUGGAUUAACCCAUUUAUAAACAUAGCAGUUUCUCUGAAACUGCUAUGUUUAUAAAAACAUGGGUUAGCCCUAGCUGGACCUGGCACCCAGACCACUUCAUUAAGCUCUUUAUUAAGCUUCAUUAAGCUCUUUACUUGAAGUUCAAGAUCAGCCAUAUAAAAGGUUACAAUACCCUCCAGAUUUAAAACUAUAAUCACGGGAUGUAAAUGACAGCAAGCAACUUGGCAAUUUGGCAGGUACUCAUUAAUCUCCACUGGGACCAUGCUCAUGUAACAGGUCACGCUGACAUUACACAUGUCAGAGACUGGCCAAUUUAUGUAUGUUCCCCCAGCAUAUUCUUCCAUGUCCCAAUCCCAGUUGCAUGUAUGUGCAUGUAAAUAUUUAUGCAUGUAUACUAUAUAUACCACUUCAAAUUUAAAUACAUCAAAAGGGUUACUCCAGGCACCAUGACCAUGCCUAUUGUCUGGAUGUGCAGUGAAACCCUGCACAUACCGAGUUUUGGGAUGUUAUCAACCAGCCCAAAUCUAGAAUUGAGGGCUGACUAACCUCAAUUCUGUGUAAAUAUCUAUGCACAGAAUCAAAUGUAUUGGCUGAGACCUGACGUGGCAGAAUAGGUACCUGACUUCUGCAGCUCUGCAGAAGCCAGAUGAUGUAAACACUGCUUCAGAAAACCCUCAGCACCCAGCAGGACCAGGAAAGAGAGCAAACCAUUUUAAAAUAACCACUACAGCCCAGUUGUGAUAGUUGGAAUAACCCUUUAAGUUUUAUAUUUCUUAGCUGCUUUGUGUAAAAAAGUUAAAUAAACUGUGAAGAUACUUAAAGGGAUGAAAGGAAAGGACCUAUGAGGAUGUAAAUGGGGAUUUAUUUUUAUUCCCCCCCCAAAACCACAACUCUAUGACCCUCUUUCCCUACCACGACUCUAUUUCUCUUUGGAAUUAAAGUUCCAUUCUACCUUCUCUUUCCCUGCCACGACCCAAAUUCUGUCUGUCAUUAAUGUUCCACUCUACCUCCCUCUGUCUUCCUUUCCCCAAGGUUCAGUACGCAGAACCUCCUCACUUAUUGACUACUUACACUGGGAGGGUGCCAGGGAAAUCCUGGCACCAUAACUGCUACAACGGGAGUGUUCCUUUAAGAGAGAACAUGUGAAAGGAUGAGUGAAAUAGCGCAUAGUACAGUAAACACAGUACUAUAAAUACGAAUAAAUGAAUAGAAUUUUUAAAUGAAUGAACGAAGAACUCUUCAAUCGUUUGUUUUAUUACAAGGAGGGAGCUACCGGCGCGCAGUCCCUUCCUUGUAAUAUGUAAAAAUAGAAGCGGCAGGGAGCAGUGCUCCCCGCCACUUUCUAAGCCCCCAGUGUCCUCACUCACUCUAUGGGGGUCAAUAUGACCCCCAUAAUAGCAUAAAAGAGAAUAAAAUCUCUCGAAGGCCCCUACUCGCUAUGCCGCGAGUAGGGGCAUGUCUACUAUGCAGUGAGCAGCCAGUGUCUUCUCAUUGUUAGAAAAAAGCCCCCCCUCUAACAAAUGCCCUGGGGUGGGGCAUCUACUAACUAGUGGGGGGGAGACAUAGUCCCCCCCCAAUCCCCUCCCGUGUCACGCGAGUGGGGGCUAUAAAAGUAAACAGGGGACAUAGGGUCCCCCUUGGCCUCCACCCAUCACCCAUGAACGGCGGGUGGGGGCCCAAAAUAACAAUAAGGGGGGGACCUAUUGUCCUCCCCCCGGCCCCCACCCCUGAGCAGUGGGUGGGAGCCCUAAAUAACAAUAGGGGGACACCUAUUGUCCUCCCCCCCCCCACCCCAAGCGGUGGGUGAGGGCCCUAAAUAACAAUAAGGGGUUUCCUUUUCCUUUCUUAUGUGAUGUUUUGAGUGAUAUUGUAAACAUUUGUAUUUAUUUAUUUAGUAUUUGUGAUCUAAAUAUAAAUUUAGGUAUUGAGGAGAUUCACAAAAAUUCUAAAAUGUUCUCCAUUUUGUUGAAGUCAAUUAACAAAUCACAUGGUUCUGUUUUUACAAUUUAGGAUCCACAUUUGAUAUAGCCAGCAUGGUCAGGCAUAUAUUACCAAUUAAAUUGCAGUUUGUUUUAUUUCAAUACUUCUAUAUUUGUGUAAUUUCUAUACAGCUAAUGUCAACCAACAGGAUAAGAGGGCAUACCUCAAAAUCAUGGGGGAGAGAUCCCCCUUGAUCAACCAAUGGGUUACCACUUAAAGAUAUUUAAAUUAACUCAGACUGCCUUGGGAAAAUCAAACUGACUGGAGAAAUCUCAAUGUAUCCAUCCUGGUAACAUAUUUUAUAAAUUUUAUAAAUACCAUAAAGCUUUUCACACAAACAUUUACAGGCUAAAUCAUUAUCUGUUACACAUCCCAUUCAGUCUCUCUUUCAUUGCAUGCCCUAUUAUCCAUUUUAUUAUUAUUUACAUUAGAGAACUCCUCUACCUAACAGACUCCCCUCUCUUUUCCAAUAAAGAUCCAUAUUUUGCAUGCUGUUUUUGGUAAAACACCAGUAAAAAAAAAGUAUAACUAAUGCAUGUAUCUUUUCAUUGGGGUAUAUCUUCUAAAUGGUCAUAUAUGUAUAUUGGUAAGUGGAGUGUCCCUUUAAAUUGUGUAAAUAUACAAUAUACUUUAUUGUAGGUAUCCAUGAACAGCAAUCUAUACAUUAUUUAAUGCAUGCCAAAUUAAAUGUGUAUUGUGAUUCCAUUUCAAAGCUCUAUAGACAUUUAUUAACCACUUGAUUUUCCAUCUUGUGGUUUAUUGUGAUGUCUCCUGAAUCUUCAUAGUAUGCACUUCACCAUAAGGUAAGGCUCUUUUCUGGAGAUUAACCCCUUAAGGACCAAACAUCUGGAAUAAAAGGGAAUCAUGACAUGUCACACAUGUCAUGUGUCCUUAAGGGGUUAAAGCAAAGAGGACAUCACAUGUUUCACCCUUAUGUAAGCCUCUAGUCAUUAUGGAGAUUAAUGCAGAGAUGAUAUCAUCAGUCAAAAACAUUAUCAGUCCAUCUACAAGUCCUCUUUAUUUGGAGAAAAACUGAAUAAUGGUGGCAGGUGCAAUAGUUAAUCCUGCUAAGGAGUGUAACUUUCAUCUUUCUUGGGUUGUAAUGAGAUUACGUCAUUUUAGCUCUAACCCUGUAAAUCAUGUGAUAUAAAAGAUACUCUAGUAUGUCCCUGCUUGUAACUUUAGGUCUCCUCUGCGACCAUGAAAGGGUUAAUAAUGCAUUUUUCCACUUACCUUAAUUCCAGAGGUCUCCUUCUCCAGCGACAUCAUGCCAGUGGAGGAAACUAAUGUGGAUAUGCAGCGAGUGUCUUGAGCGCAUGAGACUUUCCUCACUGGGCAUUUUGCCAUAUGUCCUCAUUGCAGUUUUAAGGGUACAGGAACACUGCACCCAGACCACUUCAAUGAGAUGAAGUGGUCUGGAUGCCUAUAAUGUCCCUUUAAAGUCAACUAAGGUGGCCACGUAGGGUCCAGGAGUUAGAAAUGGGCCCAUGCACAGUGCAAAUGCUUGGUCCCAUUUACAGCUUAAUGAAGUGGUCUGGGUGCCAGGUCCAGCUAGGGUUAACCCAUUUUUUAAUAAACAUAGCAGUUUCAGAGAAACUGCUAUGUUUAUUAAUGGGUUAAGCCUUCCCCCAAAGCCUCUAGUGGCUGUCUCAUUGACAGCCACUAGAGGCGCUUGCGUGCUUCUCACUGUGAUUUUCACAGUGAGAGCACGCAAGCGUCCAUAGGAAAGCACUGUAAAUGCUUUCCUAUGCGACGGGCUGAAUGCGCGCGCAGCUCUUGCCGCGCGUGCGCAUUCAGCCCAGGAGGAGGAACGGAGGAGGAGAGGAGGCAGAGAGCUCCCCGCCCAACGCUGGAAAAAGGUAAGUUUAAACCCCUUUACCCCUUCCAGAGCCGGGCGGGAGGGGGACCCUGAGGGUGGGGGCACCCUCAGGGCACUAUAGUGCCAGGAAAACGAGUAUGUUUUCCUGGCACUAUAGUGGUCCUUUAAACAAGCACACAAAGCACCAUAACAGCAUACUCCACUGGGUAUGUUGUGAAGAAUUCCCUGACACCAUCACACAGUCGGAUGCCAAACUAUUAUAGCAUGGUUUGACAACUUAUGUUGAUCCAACCAGGCGAUUAUGCCACAUCCAAUAGCAGGAGAAGCCAGAUAUCAUGUUAGUGUAAAACAGGACUGCAUUCAUUGGCUGAAACUGUCUGAUGAGUGCUCUCAGUUAAAGGGACUCUGUAGGCACUUUCCCAGGUCCCAUAACCCUGAGCGGGUAAUUAUUGCAGUUUUUACGAAACAGCAAUAAUUACCUGCUAAAGUUAACUCCACCUCUAGUGGCUGUCGAAAUGACGGUGGACUUCCUCCAGUGUCACACAAAACCCUAUAACAAAGCCCUAAAUAAUGCUUUCCUGUGGGGAAAUCCAAAUGCGAGUGUGGCCAUUCCCACGCAUGUGCAUUAGGCCUCCCCCUAAGGCUGACAUCUGCCGGGUAGGAGAGAAGGUGGACCCCUGCUGGCCCUGACCCCAGGUAAGUGACAGAAGGAGUUUUUAACACUUCUGCACCAUGGGGGAUGGGAGGGGACAGGGCUUGACAGAGGGGGAAGCUAUAGUGCCAGGAAAACAAGUUUGUUUUCUUGUCACUAUAGUUUCCCUUUAACGACUCUAGUCCUGCUUUGCUCUAAAGUGGCAUUUCGCUUUUUUUGCUAGAGAAGACUGGAUGCUGUGGAGGGGCACAGAUGUCAGGCAAGUGGUUAAACCAUGCUAAAACCAUUUGGCAUCUUGCCAGGAAAGUGGUCAAACAGUGUUUAAACUAUUUGGCAUCUUACUGGGGGUUGGCACCAGGGCACCUCUAGCACCAACCUUCACCACUACAGUGGUGCUUGGAUUGUCCCUUUAUAGGGACACUAUAGGCACAAUUUUUUUUUCAAUCAGAUGUUAGCUUGCUUAAAAGUUUUUCUUUCCUGCUCUGUGAAUUGAACUUUAAUCACACACAAGAGGCUCCUGCAUAGUCUAUGAGAGCAGAAGAUAAGAAAUUCUAGAUUAAACAGAUUGUGCAAUACAGGAAUUUAUAAUAUCUAGGUUCCUUUCCAGCAAGGAUGUGCAAGUCAAAUGCAGGGAACUGUGACUAGGGCUGUAUCAACAGAGUUAUUUAAUUUCUAAAUGGCAGAGAAUUGUGAAGUGAGACUGCAGGGGCAUGAUCUAUACACAAAAACUGCUUUAUUAAGCUAAAGUAAUUUUGGUGCCUAUAGCGUUCCUUUAACUUAACUCUAACCUUAACCAUAAUCCUAAUUUUAAAAAUCAUGUAAUUCACGAGAUACAUAAUUCUGGAGCGUGAAAAUAAUCAUUGGAGAAAUUCAUUAACUACUUAACCUUUAGUUCUCACAGGAAAAUAAUGCCAUUGUUAAUUCCUGAAGAUAUCAUAAUAAACCACAAUAUUAUAGAUUAAGUGUUUUAUUAUUAUUAAUAUUUUUAUUAUUUUAUUAUUUAUAUAGCGCCAGCAAAUUCCGUAGAGCUGUACAAUGGGUUGAUCUCUCCAGAGAGUGAGAUGAUGCUACUAUUGCUAUGUAUCUUUUAUUGUAUCUGUUUAUUAGAUUUUAUUCCAUAGCAACUGGAAUGUCAUAGAAUGAUGUAAAUGUGAAAUCUUGUCCUCUUGCAUUACUAACAACGGCCUUGUUUUAUUAUUUUUAAAUACGUUUUCCAAAUUCGUCAAUAUUUUUGGAUACAUUUUUUAAAUUACUUUUUUCAAGAAAUGUAAAUAUAUAUAUAUAUAUAUAUAUAUAUAUAUGCAUAAAUCUAAAUAUUACAAAAUUAAAAUAUAUUCCGUAAGAUUAAAUCUUUUUAAACAUUUAUACAAAAAUAUUAAGCCAUUUGGAAAGCGUAUCUAAAAAUAAUAGUUCAGGACCAUACGCUUUGAUUUAUUAAGCUUCCCAAAUGAUUUAAUACUGUUAGAAAAACUUUCCAUAUGAUUUAGAUGCAAACAUUUCCGUAGUCUGUAAUGUUUACUUCCGUAGAAAAAUCAUUUGGAAUGUUUUACUAAAAUAUUGUCUGGGGUUGCUGUAUCUCUUGUGCAGAGUGAACUGGCCUGUAUAUUGGAUAUGGACUGCCCUUUUGGGUGGGAUUAGUCUGAUAUGCAAAUGUUUAGGUUAUCUCUGUAAAAUUGCUAAAAUCAGCUUGAUAACUGGGCAGGGAUCUCACUAAAGGGCAAGCUGUUUAAGUUGUUGUCUGUUCUCAGUAUUCUCUUGCACCCUGUUUUUAGAUUCUAACAGUAUUGAACCAUUUGGAAGGUCAUAGGCCCCAAUUCAAUAUUUUUAUAAAAUAUUUUCAAUUAUUUAAUAUUUUUAUAUAUAUUUUACAUUUUUAUUUUUUUAAAUAUUAAAAUAUCAAGAAAUAUUGUUUAAAAAAAAAAUAUUUAUAUAUAUAUUAAAUCCUUUUAAAAGAUUUGCCCUUAAAGUCUUCUCUUCUCACCCGAAGCAAUUUAACUCCAAUAUAUGGCCUUAAUAAACUUUUCAAAUGAUUAAAUACUGUUAGAAAAACUUUCCAAAUUAUUUAUGUAGAGAAUUCACCAUAUGAGACUUUUUGUAGAUAAAGCAGUACUGAAUCAUUUGGAAACCUUAUUAAAUCAAAGCUGUAAUAUAGGUGUGGGGAAGGGAAGACAGAAUGAAUGAUGGCAGUUGUGAAUUGCGGUUGCUGUCCAAGAGAGCAACUCCUAUUUAUCUCAGACAGCUGGAACAAACAGGUCUCCGUUCUAAAGUAACAUUUACGUGUCCUGUGAUUCACAUCACAGAUCAAACGACUUAUAAGUCUCAUUAAUUUAUUGUACAGCGCCGUGCAAUAUGUUGGUGUUUAUAACAAAAAAAAAUCAUUUAUUUUCUGCUUAUUAUUAUUAUUACUGGUAUUUGUAUGGCGCCAUCAUAUUCCGUAGCGCUUUACAAUAUUAUCAAAGUGGGAGAUUUAACAAUAAAUGAGACAAUUACAAAAACUUACAGGAACAAUAGAUUGAAGAGGGCCCUGCUCAAACGAGUUUACAGUCUAUAGGAGGUGGGAUGUAAGACACAACAGGUUUAGGUUAGUUUUUAAUAAAAAGCUAAUUUUUAGUCCUUACGUACAUAAACAAACAUGAAUAUUUUCAAUAAACUUGACAAAUUUAAUAUUAUUUGGUCAAUUACCAAUCUGUUGAGUAAACUUGUCAGGGUUAUUCAUUAAAAGGAUGGUUUAAUGAGCAACUGGGUUCAUUCACAAAACUCUCAAUUGUAGUAAAUAAAAACUUAUCUGUAAAACUUAGGGGGAAAAAUGGUGAAUUGGAAAUGUUUUUCCAACUAUGCUGCAGUCAUAGUUAAGCUAUUUAGUCUAAACUUUAAAUAUGUGGUUUUCAUGUUUGUAUAAUUCAAUGUUUAGUGAAAAAACCCUAAAGUGAGUAUAAAAAUUUUGUCCUGAAUAAACCAUAAAUUGAAUUUCAAUUUUUAGGCCCACUGACAUACCACCUAAAUGAAGUCCUCUUUCACUCUAAGGCUAUAUCAUAUCUCUCAACCAGAGGCUUAACUACAGGGAGUGCAGAAUUAUUAGGCAAGUUGUAUUUUUGAGGAUUAAUUUUAUUAUUGAACAACAACCAUGUUCUCAAUGAACCCAAAAAACUCAUUAACAUCAAAGCUGAAUAUUUUUGGAAGUAGUUUUUAGUUUGUUUUUAGUUAUAGCUAUGUUAGGGGGAUAUCUGUGUGUGCAGGUGACUAUUACUGUGCAUAAUUAUUAGGCAACUUAACAAAAAACAAAUAUAUACCCAUUUCAAUUAUUUAUUAUUACCAGUGAAACCAAUAUAACAUCUCAACAUUCACAAAUAUACAUUUCUGACAUUCAAAAACAAAACAAAAACAAAUCAGUGACCAAUAUAGCCACCUUUCUUUGCAAGGACACUCAAAAGCCUGCCAUCCAUGGAUUCUGUCAGUGUUUUGAUCUGUUCACCAUCAACAUUGCAUGCAGCAGCAACCACAGCCUCCCAGACACUGUUCAGAGAGGUGUACUGUUUUCCCUCCCUGUAAAUCUCACAUUUGAUGAUGGACCACAGGUUCUCAAUGGGGUUCAGAUCAGGUGAACAAGGAGGCCAUGUCAUUAGAUUUUCUUCUUUUAUACCCUUUCUUGCCAGACACGCUGUGGAGUACUUGGACGCGUGUGAUGGAGCAUUGUCCUGCAUGAAAAUCAUGUUUUUCUUGAAGGAUGCAGACUUCUUCCUGUACCACUGCUUGAAGAAGGUGUCUUCCAGGAACCAAAGGAAGCAUGGCUUUUCUGCCCAAAACCGGUUCCACAGAGUCUUCUGUCCUGGAGAUAAUUGGGAAGUAAUCCAAUUAUCUCCAAGGACAGAGGCAAAACUCCAUUGAGCAAAAGACAAUAAAACACAUAAAAACAUAUAACUGUGCAGCCAUUGCACAAAACAGGUACAUUCAACAUAUCCCCAGAUAGCUCAGAUCUGAGCGCACAUUAUUACUGAAUGGCGCAGAGAGCACACACAUACAGUUCAAUUGCCAUGGAGCCAAAGUCUUUCCCAUAGUCUUGCAUUAUACGAAUGGGCUCCAUGGCAUAGCUAUCUGGGGUAUCACAGGGCAAGCACCAAAUGACCCGGCUUUCAUGUCUUUGCAGGGGAAAAUCAAGCCUUUUAACAUGGGGCCAUAAUCCUAAGGCAACAGGCGAGCAACCAGGCUUCUCCAAUGCAAUGUGGCGAGAUUGGUCUCAUCACACUGACUAUCCCCAAGUUUGUACUGGCCUUUGGUAUUUACCGGGAUGUCAUCUGUGCGUUCUAUCCCAAUAGACGAGAGGAGUUUGAUCUUUAUAUGCACAAGCUGGUAGACCUGGGCAACAAAUAUGGUGGAUCAGCCAUAGGUCUUUUUCUGCAAAAGUGUCUGGGGCCUUUUCCCAGUAUGGAACAAGAUCCAACUGGGGUAGCAUUGAUACCGUCAUAUUUUGCAGACAAUUUGCAGGUCUAAGAACACCGGCUUGUGCUUACUGCUCCUCUACGGCGCAUACGACAAAUUUCUGUCCCACCAGAGCGGACGAACAGACUUCCACGCAAGGAGCUAGUUCCUCUGGUGUUUCAGAGAAAUUGACCAGAGACAAACUGGGACGCCCGAUCAUGUUUCUGGGCAAGUCCCAGAUAUGUAAUAAUUUCAAUGUCGGGUCUUGUAAUUAUAGUGGAUGUAGAUUAUUGCAUAUCUGUUUAAAAUGUUUUAGGGCACAUACCAAAACCAUGUGUCCAAAUAAAAUGUACCCUAAGCCAUACCUUACGUCCAUUAACAUUUCGGUAUUUACAGCAUUUCUGUCACAUCACCCGUCUAGACACUUGAUAGAUUUUCUUAUCUCUGGUAUAACAGAAGGCUUCCGCACGGGUAUUCUACACAUACCGUCCGGGAUUCUGAAAUGCCCUAAUCUACAGUUCGCACAGCGCAACCCCACAGCUGUUGACACUCUCAUAGCCCAGGAAGUUGCUGAAGGUUUCUUACUGGGGCCUUUCCAGUCUCCUCCGUUCAACGAAUGGCGCACUAACCCCAUUGGUAUUGUCACAGGGAAAUCUUCCCUUAAACAGAGACUCAUUAUUGACCUGUCUGCACCACACUCAUCAGCUAACCCCAGUCUCAAUUCCCUCAUACCCUCAGAAGAAUUCUCCCUGCAAUACACUACCAUAGAUCACGCCAUUACAGCUAUCAUACAGGCAGGGGUCGGAGCAUGGCUUUGUAAGACCGAUAUUACUCACGCCUUUAAAUUGCUGCCAAUUCACCCUACACUGUGGCACCUGCAUGGCAUCAAGUGGUCCGGGAACUACUAUUUUUUCUCCCGCUUAACUAUUGGGUCCAAAAGUAGCCCUGCUAUUUUCGACACAUUUGCCAAAGCAUUGUGCUGGUUACUAUUGAACAUAGCCAGAUGCCCUACUGUAUUACAUUACCUGGAUGAUUUCUUACUGGUCGAGGAGAACACUUCACCUCCCAGUAGCCGCAAAGCUACCAUCAAUCUAUUCAAGCAGUUAGGUGUUCCAGUCUCCCCAAAGAAAACAGAGGGGCCAGACACGAUCAUCACAUUUCUGGGUAUUCAAUUAGACUCAACCACAAUGCAAGCAGGCCUGCCACACGACAAGAUAGGAAACAUUCUUACCUACAUCAACCACUACCUUCAGCUCGGUACUUGCAAAAGCAAAGAGCUACAGUCCCUUCUGGGUUCUCUAAAUUUUGCCAUGCGUAUCAUACCUCAAGGCCGCUCCUUCAUAUCACGACUCCUGCAUCUAUUUCCACUCUUCCUACACGACACACAGGUUGUCCUUAGAUACCCAAGCUACGGCAGACUUACGCAUGUGGAAGAAAUUUUUAACCACUUGGAAUGGUAAAAGUAUGUUUCUCCCUCAAUUGACUGACUCAUCACCUACCAUUUGGUCAGAUGUGGCAUCUAGCACAGGUUUUGCAGCAAUUUUUGGGAACGAAUGGCUUUGGGGCAGCUGGCCUACCUCAGUUCAGGAUUUGGAGGGUUUUUCCACUACCCCAGCUUUGAGAUCUAUCCCAUCGUGGCGGCUGCCAUGGCAUUGGGUUAUUUAUGGGAAGACUUGUCAGUACAUUGCUACUCAGAUAACCAGGCAACCUGUCACAUCAUCAACAAAGGUCGUUCCAAAUCCAUUAUGAUCAUGAGAUUUCUGAGGAAACUCACUUGGUUGGCUGCUUGUCAUAAUUUCUUCCUGUAUUGUUUCCAUGUUCCUGGUGUAUGUAACACAGCUGCUGACAGUUUGUCUUGUUUUAAAUUCCAGGCAUUCCAUCAAGCACUCCCGUCAGCCGUGCUCACUACCAUGACAACUCCAACAUUUCAGCAACUAGUAGUGGACUAGACGCCAUUAUGCAUCAUAGCAGGGCACUGUCCCAAUUGGCACUGUCAAACAAUACGCACAAAACAUACGACAUGGCCUUUACGUUAUUCAAAAGAUUCCUUUCGGAACAUAAUAUCAUGCAACCAUUUGUCAUGACACCUUUGUUGGGGUUCGUAUGGAUGUCAUACAACACCAUUAAACUUUAUCUAACAGGCAUUCAACACCAUAUGCUAACCUUACAACCAAACAACACAAGUUUCAUGACCUCUCACCAGAUUAAGACUAUCCUCAGGGGCAUUCAGAGAUCUGAACCCACGUGUACAUCACAAAGGCUACCCAUAGACAACCAUAUUUUCAAAGCGUUGUCUAACCUGCUUGAUUUAAAACCUUUUGACACCAACACAAAUUCUCUCAUCAAGGCAGCAAUCUACAUAGCUUUCUAUGGAUUCCUAAGAUCUAGAGAAUUCACUACGACCAACGCCACACAAUCUACUCCUAUUCUCCUCCAUUCCCACUUAACUAAAAACAGGGAUCAUUACAUCCUGACUCUGCCUCACUCCAAGACCAGUCAGCACGCACCAGUAGAAGUAGCUUACUAUCCUACGCACAACAGGUGGUGCCCCGUCACGAUUCUUGAUGCAAACAUACAGCAUCAUAACUCACUACCAUCACAAUCAUUAUUCAUUUUACAAAGUUCGGCACUCACCACUACAACCUCCAUGACCUACGUCAGGUCUGUAUUCACUCAGCUGGGCCUCAACCCAGCUAACUACUCAGGGCACUCCUUCCACAUAGGGGCAGCAUCAACAGCCUCCAGCGUUAACAUUCAAGUUCAUGUUAUAAAAGCACUGGGGCGCUGGAAAUCAUCCGCUUACUCACGAUACAUACCGAACCCAGUACAAGAAUUAAGAAAUGCAUUUAGAGACAUGUCUGGUUGAUAUGUCUAUUUGCAUUGGUUGUCUGUAAUAAAUUUGAAUUAUUUAAUUUUGCCCAACUUCUUUCUCAGGCCUACCUCAUCGUCGGUUCUGGCACACCACAACCGACUUGCUCUUUUAUACCAUCCUACGUUCAUUAUGGUAUUUUACUCUGUACUAUCAUGAGCACCUAACACAAGUAGUAAGGCCAUUUGGCCUGUAAUUGAGUGAGGGGCUUGUUUUUCACUCCUAGCCUACUUAAGGGACACCCCUUACCUGGCUCCAUACCGUUCGAGGUCAGCGUUGUAUGACCCUUCCACCACACCACAUUAUAAAUAAUUAUUUUCCUUUUCUUCUUUUCUUUUUCCUUGGUAGGCCCUCUUCUUUUUCAGGCCUACCUCAUCGUCGGUUCCGGCACACCACAACCGACUUGCUCUUUUAUACCAUCCUACAUUCAUUAUGGUAUUUUACUCUGUACUAUCAUGAGCACCUAACACAAAUAUAUAAAUAUAUAUAUAUAUAUAUAUAUAAAUAUAUAAUGUAAGUUGGAAAAAUAACCACAUUUAUAAAAAAAACUAAUAAAAAUGCUAAAUUUAGACAGCCUUUGUGACUAAGUGCCUACUACAAAAAACUGGACAUACCCCAUUUUGAAUAUCCUGGGUUGUCUACAUUUGAAAAUUGUAUGCCAUGAUGGGGUUAUUUCACAUUCCUGGGUUACCAUAUGGUCUCAAAAGGCAACACAGACUCUUCAAACCAAUCUGGCAAACUGAAUCGGGCAUGCUUUAUAUUGACCCUGUAACUUUCCAAAACACCGUAAACCCUGUACAUGGGGGGUACUGUUAUACUCAGAAGACUUCGCUGAACACAAAUAUGAGUGAUUAAAACAGUAAAACCUAUCACAACAAUCAGGGCCGGCGUUAGCUGUAAAGCGACUUAGGCGGCCGCCUAGGGCGCAACUUAGCAGGGGGCGCCGGCAUCCCGCACCCGGAAUUGGCAAUUGAUUGGUGGCUGGCCGGUGCGGCACUCCUCAUGCUGUGCCGCCUGAGUGCUACAGAAAACCUCAGACGGCACAGCACUGCUCUAUGGAGGGCGGCCGCAGAGAGACGCGACCGCCCAUGAGACCGCCCACGCGACAGUGAAGGUGGUUGGGUGGGCGUGCUGCGCGCAGCAGACCUCUAAGAGGAGGUCUCUCGAGGUCUGACUUACCUGCUGGAGGGGGGGAGGGGGAUAUUGGGGAACUGUAACAUAGUGAUGGAUAUAGCCAUAUGGUGUAACUGAAUCCCAAUUUUUUUUUUUUGCUAGUAGUGGUGAUUUAAAGUAGCUUCAUAAAAUUUAAAACGGGAUUUAUUUUUUCACUGUUCCCUAAUCUGUAUUUUGAGGCUGAAACAUUGUCACUUCAGUAGCGUGCCAACAAGGGGCGAUAGGAAUGGUUCAGAGGGGGUACACAGAGUAACUCCCCAUUACAUUUUGUUGCAUGGACCCGGAUAGAAGAUUGAAUUACUUUGUAUGUGACUUUGUAAUAUGACUGACCAUGUAUGACUGUAGGUGAAUGUUGGUGACUGUGUGUAAUUAUGUUGUGAUGCUGUAUGAUUGUGUGUCUGUGCAUGGGGGGUGCUAGCUCUCACUUGCCCUCUCCAUUUUUAAUUCUUCAUGUUUACAUCAACUAAUCUCAUACAUGAAAAACUUAGCAAUAGUCUUACAUACACAUAUAUUUUUGCGUCUUUCACACUCACACACGUGCGCACAUAUGUACAGUAGAUCUCUAAAUGAUUUUCAGGUAUUAUUGUGGUUUAAUGAUCAUCAAAGAGAAUAUUAAUUGAAUAUUAAUAAUUUUUGAUGUACAUUUAUACUACAAUAGUUAUUUUGAUAAUUGAACAAGAUGUCUGCACCACGAAAGAAAUUGUCUGGUGCUGCUUUCCGAAAGAAAAGAAGGCUCCAAGAAGAAGACACUUCUAAGAUGGCUGGAUCAUUAAAUAGGUUCUUUAAACCUGAUCCAGGACUAAAAGCUGUAAAGAUGGAGUGCAAAACUAAAGAGAAUCGUGAAGCUGUAGAUGUCGAACCACACCCUUCUACUUCAACUGUGGGCGAACAUUCUUUGGGCAUAGAAAGUGAUACAAACACUGAGGAAGAGAGUUCACAGAAAUCAGCAUCAUCAUCAGAAGAUGAAAAUGGAAAAAGCAUGCUGGUAGACUUCUUUGAUCCAGCUGAAUGGCCUGAUACGCUUACUAGCUCACUAAAAGAAACCUUCCUUCUGAAUGGUCCGGCAAAGCCAAAAGAGCACUUUGCCUUUCCUAAAGAUGCAUCCAAGAGACGGUUUACAUCAACCCACUAUAGACGGCGCCUUGGAAAUGGUGAAGUGCAUGUUAGAAAGUGGCUUAGUUAUUCUCCUAGACUGGACAAAAUAUUUUGCUUUUGUUGUAAACUCUUUACAACUAUGAAAAUGAGCCUGACAACGGGAGGCUACAAUGAUUGGAAAAAUUUGUCCCAGUGUCUGGCUACACAUGAAGUGUCUCCAUCUCACCUCACUGCUAUGGGAGACUGGACAGAACUGUUAACAAGGCUUGGGUCUGGAAGUACUAUUAACCAUUCAUACCAAAGAUUAUUGGCAACUGAAACGCAGCACUGGCAGAAUGUUCUUCAGCGGCUUGUAGCCAUUGUUCAAUAGCUUGGGAAGCAGUGCUUGGCCUUCAGGAGCAGCAGUGACACGCUGUACUCCGAAAAUAAUGGAAAUUACUUGAAACUUGUAGAAAUUAUGGCAACAUUUGAUAGUGUGAUGCAAAGCCACUUGAAAAAGAUACAGAAAUCAGAAAUUCAUCAGCAUUAUUUAGGAAAAGACAUCCAAAAUGAACUAAUUGGUUUAAUUUCAAAAUAAAUACGGAGACGCAUUCUACGGUUGCUUAAGGAGGCCAAGUACUAUUCCAUUAUACUUGACUGCACCCCUGACAUCACUCUUGUUGAACAGAUGACUAUGGUUUUCAGGUUUGUAUCUGUUAAGCAAGGAGACUCGCCAACUGCAAAUCCUGAAAUACACAUUGAGGAAAGAUUUCUUGGUUUCCUGCCAGUUCACAACUCAUCUGGAGAAGGAUUAACAGAGGCAAUUUUGAAUGAGCAUGAAAUGCGGAAGAUACCACUCAGUGAUAUGAGAGGUCAAGGGUAUGAUAAUGGCUCCAACAUGAAGGGAAAGCACUCAGGAGUACAAAAAAGAAUCAUGGACCUGAACUCACAUGCUUUCUAUGUCCCCUGCAGUGCUCAUUCCUUAAAUCUUGUAGUAAAUGAUGCUGCUAUGUGCUGUAGGGAUGCCAGUACAUUUUUUUGGCAUUCUUCAGAAAAUAUAUGUUUUUUUUAUCAGGUUUAACAAAUCAAUGGGAUGUGAGUAAGCUGACAGUUAAGCCGCUAUCCGAUACUAGAUGGUCAAGCAGAAUUGAUGCUAUUCGGCCAUUUAGGUUCCAUGUUGGAGAAGUGUAUGACACCUUAAUUGAAAUCGGAGGUGAUAUGAAUUUUGCUGCUCUUGCAAGAAUCGAGGCUUCAUCCUUGGCAAAAGACAAGUUUAAAUUCUUGUGUUUUUUUAUCAUCCAUUGGUUUAACAUACUAAGUCGAAUUAAUUCUGUCAGCAAAGUUCUUCAAAGCCAGUCAAUUUACUUGCCAGAUGUUGUGGAACUUUUGGAAUCAAUUAAGACAAUUUUUCAAUCUUAUCGGACAGAUAAUGGUUUUGAGGAUUUACUUAAAGAAGCAGGAGAGCUAGCAGUGGAAAUGGAAAUACCCAGUGUUCCCCCCUCAAGUGCAUCAGACAAGGAAAAAAAAAAGGUUGUUUUUGUAUGAGGUUCAAGAUGACCCUAUCUUAGAACCUAAAAAUAAAUUUAAAGUGGAAUGUUUCUUCACAAUAUUAGACACAACAAUCAAAUCUGUACAUGAAAGAUAUGAACAGCUGAAAUUUCAUUCAACGCAUUUUCAAUUUUUGUAUGACAUCCACAAGCUAAAAGAUGUGCAAAAAGAAGAACUCCUGCAGUACUCUGUACUAUCAUGAGCACCUAACACAAGUAGUAAGGCCAUUUGGCCUGUAAUUGAGUGAGGGGCUUGUUUUUCACUCCUAGCCUACUUAAGGGACACCCCUUACCUGGCUCCAUACCGUUCGAGGUCAGCGUUGUAUGACCCUUCCACCACACCACAUUAUAAAUAAUUAUUUUCCUUUUCUUCUUUUCUUUUUCUUAACCGAUGCAAAAUCAAAGGAGUCUGAUGUAGAUGGAAGGCAACUGUGUGAAGAACUUGGUUUUUUGGCUCCUGUUAUAAAACAUACAAUGACACCUGUUGAUAUUUUGGCCUACGCAGUGAGGAAUGGAUUUGCUCCAAAUGUGGCAAUUGCACUUCGAAUUAUGUUGACCUUACCAAUCACUGUUGCCACAGGUGAGCGAAGCUUUUCGAAGCUGAAAAUUAUAAAAAAUUAUCUUCGUUCUUCAAUGUCCCAAGAACGGCUUGUGGGACUUGCCAUGAUAUCAAUAGAGAAUCGGACGGCACAGGAGAUUGACUUUGAAACAUUACUGAAGGACUUUGCGAAUGCCAAAGCAAGAAAAGUUAAAUUUAAUUAGAAUAACUGUUAGAAAGUAUUUAAGCUGUUUACAAAGUUGUUUAGCACUUAAAUUGUAUUAUUUUGCUAUGUGUUUGGGGUUCUUUGAAUGACCAUACCAUUUCUAUUGUUGCACUUAUAUUAUACAAAAAUGCCACUAUAAUAUAAAUGUGGCCGUGUGUUUUUCUCUUAACAACUGUAUGUUGUAUUGCACUUUCAGAAUGUUAAUGUAAUAAACUAUUUAAAUUCGCACUUUAUUUUACAUUGUGGCCUUUUGUGCAAUUUGUCAGUGUCUUGAAUGAAAAGCUACAGGAUUAUUCACUAAAUUGAGAAUUUAAAGGGAAUUCUAAAUUUAAGGUCAAAGUAGCUUAAAUGAAAGCAUAACUGACACAGAUAAUUUUUUUAAAAAUCAGUAAUUUUGUUUGCACUAGAAAACUAAAUUUGGGUAAGAAACCAUGAAGUUACCAAAUACACGAGCAACCAAACAAUCUAAUACACAAGCUUGUUUUUUUAGCAAUGGCUUAAGUUAUGGUAGUUAUUCUCCACCAUUCUAAAUAGGGGGCUUAAUUGCAACAUAUAACUAUUAAUUUAAAUGUUGAGAAAGGGGUGGGUCAUAUGUGAUGUCAUGAUAUGGGUAGAUCAUAUGGGUUUGUGAUGUCACAUCGUGGGGGGGGGGAAGGCGGCAAUUUUUAUUUUGCCUAGGGCUGCAAAAAUCCUUGCACCGGCCCUGACAACAAUGAAAUUACCAGAAAAGGUGCAAUUUUUGUGUAAAAAAAAAAAAUGCAAAAAACAAAUAUGAGCGCUAAAUUAGGCCAGUGUUUCUGACUAAGUGGCUACUACAAAAGACUGGACAUACCCCAUUUUGAAUACCGUGGAUGGUCUACUUUUACAAAUCGUAUGCCAUAAAGGGGUUAAUUUUCAUUCCGGGGCUGCCAUACGGUCUCAAAGGCAACAUAGGCCCAGCAAACCAAUCUGGCAAAUUUCAAUGUUACAUUUGACCCCUGUAAGUUUGCAAAAACCCGUAAAACCUGUACAUUGGGGGCACCGUUGUACUCAGGAGAUGUUGCUGAAUGCAUAUUGGGGUGUUCUUUGUCAGUAACAUAACAGGAACUGAGAAUCCAUGCCUAAAGUAUAAUGUGAGAGAAAAAUAACACAAAAAAUGACUACCCAAAAGUUUGACAAAGACUGGUGGUAGAAUUAGUGCAUGGAAAGUGUUAAAAUACCACCAUUUAAAAUACCCUAGGGUGUCUACUUUAAAAAAAAUAUAUGGUUUGAUGGGGGUAAAUUACAUUGGCCAGCUUCACAAAUGUCCCAAAUAGGACAUGGUGCAUGAUGACCAGCUGUGAAAAUUCCAAGUUGGAAAACUGGAAUGCACACCCUCCAAAUAAGGUCUUUUAGCCCUCAGAGAACGUGACACACCUAUACAUGGGGGUGGUAUCACUGUACUCAGGAGAUGUUGCUGAACACAUAUUGGGGUGUUCUUUGGCAGUAACCCUUAAAGUUCUCUAUACAUGUAUUCUUAAAUUGCUAUGUGUGUCAAAAAAAUCACCAAUUAUUUUGUAAAUUUUUUUUUAAUUUGGCAUAGAUUGGUGGUAAAAUGAUUGCAUGAAAAGAGUCAAAAUACCCCAAGUUUAAUACCUUAGGUUGCCUUCUUUAAAAAAAUAUAUAUACAUGUGAAGAGUUAUUCAGGGAUUAUCUGACAGAUAUAAGUGUUACAAUGUAAUUUUGAAAGAAAAUGGUUUGGAAAUAGCAAAGUGCUACUUGUACUUAUAGCCCUUAUCUUUACAAAAAAAGCUUAGAACAUGUUAACAUUGGGCAUUUCUAAACUCAGGACAAAAUUUAGAUACUAUUUAGCAUGGGUGUUUUUUGCGUAACAGAUUUUGGGGGUCAAAGUUAGAAAAAGUGUGGUUUCGUGCAUAUUUUAUAAUUUUUUUAAAUAGUAAAUUAUAUGAUAUGAUGAUGAUGAUUAGUCACCCUCCUGUUUCCUACCUUUUAGAUGCAGGAGGGUGACUUUCCUGGGGUCCAGUGGUGGCUCAGACUGAUGGGAGUCAGAGUUCCCACUCUGACUCCCUCCUCUCCUUCUCUUCUCCUUCCUCUCCUUCCUCCCAUGCAGCACUGUGUGUAGGCUGGGAGGAGUGACCGGGGUAGUUACUUCCUCCCAGCUCUGAUGUCAUCACAGGGGGCCCGGUCAUGCUGUUAAUGCCCUGAAGCGCUGACUGGCCCCCCCCCCAGUAAUACUUUGUCAUCGGGUGGCCCUAACUGCAUGGGCCACCCGAUGGGCCCCUAAACGUGUGGGCCGGGGCCACAUCACAUGGCGGUGGGCACCCGGUCGCAGGGGUCAACAGGGCAGUCAGGCCCCCUGGAGUGGCGGGCCCGGUCACAGCUGCGAUCGCGAUAGUUCUGCCACUGCUGUCAACAUUUCAAAUGGCCAAAGAGAAACAGUUUCAUUUUAUAGGUGUAAAUGUUGUGUUGCCGGGGGGGAGCUGUUUUGACAAAUGUUGGGUUGCUUACUAAUAACAGUUUAUACAGCGGAAAUGCAAUUUAGAACAACUUCUGAAUACAUUUAUUGUAAUUUAAAGACACAUUAAUGUGAGUAUUAUUGCUAUACACACAUCAAGCAUACUGAGUUCCUACAAAAGAAAAACAUUAGAUUACAAAAGAGGGACAGGGGGAUUUGGGCCCAAAAUAAGGACUGUCCCUUCUAGAUAGCUGUUCUUUCUAAUCAUUAUUAUGGUGGGGAUAGCCUUCUAGCUUCUGCUCUGUUCCAGCAUAAUUUGACAAAUAAAUUACUGCAUAUGACUUUGGAGCAUCAAGUACUGUACGGUUGCUAUUGUACAUAUUUCUUGCUACUUCUUGCAAUGCAUAACCUUUUUCUUCUUUAGGCCUACUCUUUCUAGUAUAUUCUUUAUAUCAAUGAAACUGUGAGCAGACCAGUGUGUAAAAAUAGCUAUAUAAUAGAAUGUGUUCACUGUUGCACACAGCUAACCGAAUUUUUAUUCUGCAUGUGUAUUGUCAGUGUACACAUUCACAUUAUUACUUUUAGACUAUAAGCACUGUGCCAACAUAAAGCAUGACACACACAUCAGUUAGCCCCUCAGGUAUUAACAGACUCACAAAUAGCAAUCUCUUCCAGUUAGAGAAUAUUCAAAGCAAUGAAGUGGGAAAGCAAGUUUGGUUGGGUAAGUUAUUAAAAUAAGAUCAGUUAAAGUGUGUUUUAAUAUGUAAAUUAAAAUCUGUCUCUGCUUUCGCAAACAUUAUUGCAGUAUACAUGUGAUCACAACUCUAUAUCAAUAUAUUUGGAUUUUGUCUAGAUUGGCAUUAAAAAGCAGAAUAAUUGGGUUUGUGUUAACAACAUGCAUUCCUGGAGAUCGCAGUUAGUGCUUAUUCUAGUUCAAAUGGCUGUUAAUAAUAUUACAAGCAAAUCAUAGAUUGAAAACAAAAGACAAAGUCACAUACUCAUUUACUUACAUUGCUAGUAAAAGCUAAAUUGUAGGGACUAGACUGUCACUUUUGCAGACAUAAGGGCAACAUUUCAGGAUUUCAGUUAAAUGUUACACCAGGUAUCUGCCUAUUUAUAUAUUAAAAUAUAAAUAUACAUACACAUUUGUAUGUAUUUACAUUAGAAAUUAGUAUCAUCGCUUGGUUUUGUGUACAUGAAGGAUUAGUGUAGAGAAAAGGCCCUGAAUGUACUCUGGUAGUUGAUCCACUUUGUAUUGCAUUAAAACUUAACCAACCUGUAUAACUUACCUAGAAAAGCAUUUGAAAAAGUCAUGGAAAUGUUCCCUUUAGUGGUACGACAGAGAUUCUGAGAGAUACUUUUUUUUUUUUUUUUUGUAGACCCAAUGGAGUGGUCCACAAGUAACGUUCAGAAGUGGAUCCUAUGGACAGAGCAUCAGUAUCGUCUACCACAAGUAGGGCGUAGUUUCCAGGAUCUGAGUGGAAGAGACCUGUGCACUCUGAGUGAAGACAGCUUUAGAGACAGAUCACCAUUGUGUGGAGAUGUCUUAUAUGCCCACUUGGACAUCUGGAAAUCAGGUGAUACAGAUAAAACAUGAAGAGUGCAAGUAACCUAAAAUAAUGAAUGUGCUUGAAAUUGACUAUAGUCACGUGUGUAAACCUGUUAUCUUGUGGGGAAAAAAUUUAGAAAUUAUUAACAAUUCUGUGUAUUUACUAAAUUGGGCAUUGUGUAUAAGUUAUAUAGUUUAUGCAGAUUUUAGAACAAAAUAUUUCAACUGAAAAUAUUUUCCAAGUCUAUUAUUGUUCUAGCUCAGCUAUAUUGGCCUAAACUGUCCAACCUACUUGACAUGUCUCCACAAUUCCAGUUAUAGAGGGGGAACACUCAUUGGUCUAGUCAAGAAUGUAGAAAAUUAUUCUUCAAUUCCCAUUCAAAACAAACAUUUUCUACUUUCAUGACUAGACCCGUAAGUGUUCUCCCUCUCAAACUGGAAUUGUGGAGACAUGUCAAGUAGGUUGGACAGUUUAGGUCAAUUGUAUGUAUUGCUAAAGAUAGCACUGGCAUCUGAGACUGCUGUGUAGUCCAGCGUGCAUGGCCCUUUGUAUAUGUAUAUACACCUUUUGUCCCUUACCUCAAAUAAAUAUAUAUAUAUUCCCAAAAAAUGAGGAUGCACUACAAGGGAUUUUUCAAUUAAAAUAUUGGUGCUCUUAAGUGCAUACGAACAAACAUAUACAAAGACCCCACAAAGGCCUUGUGGUGUGCCAAAACCGACAUACAGCAUUAUAGAGGGGUUUCAACAGUCGACAGAACAUCAGGAGAUAGCUGGGAAGUGGGUAGGUAGAUGCCGGAUUAAACCUGCUCCAUACUGCUUUUACAUUUGUGAUUGGGGACAAAAGCCAAAGGCAUUCAAUACCUGUAUGAAUGGUGGUGUGGUGCCAAAACAGAUGAACAGGUAGGCCUGAAAAAAAGAAGGCAAAAAAUAUUAAUACCACCUAAUCUCAGAACAAAAAAAAUUACUACCCUCACACCCCCUAUUAGGCUUGACUUGUACCUUGACUCAUUCAGCAACUGUUAUAUACCACCAAACUCUUCCCAGGUUUCUAGGAAGAUAAGCACGAAGGACUUGUUAAUGUAAUUAAUUGGUAACAUUGGGCAAAAUUAUACCAUAACCCAGUAAGGAAUGUUGAAAGCAUGAAACUAUACUGUUUGUAAGUAUAGUAUUUUUUUCUUUUCUCCCUCUGUCAUUCCACAUGUUGUAGUAAUUAUUAUAACCAUACCUGUAAACGGAAGAAAAUCAUUAUACCGAAAGGUUUUUAACGAGACGCAAUAUGGGUUAGUGGGGCAAACUGUAAAACAUGCAGAUACUGGCUGACCUAUCUUAAGCCACGUAGUGAAACAGUUAAGCAAAGAUUGGUGACUUGAUAGGCCUAACUAGUUGCCAAGUGGUGGUUAGAGACACUACCUAUGUUUUGGACCAUUGGGUAAAUAUGUCACUGAGUAUUGUGGUGACAUGGUAGCCUCUCAUUGACAAUAAAGAGAUUUAAGAUAGAUUGGUUGGGACUGGUGAAGUCCUAAUUGCUUUGCCAAGGGUUGGAGUUGUGAUGUACUAAAUAUGAUAUUUGAAGAUUGGAGGCACAAGUAGCCUUAAUAAUAUUUAAAGCUGACUAAGGUACCCUACAAGCCAGACCAGGCUAAGUCCUGUAGAGCAAGUGGCUGCCCUAAGGAGGGAGGCAGUUUUUGGAAAAGCGAGUCACUUGCGUAAUGACUUGAAAAAACAUGAAUGUGAAAACAAAGACAACCUACUUUGAGUAAGAUUGACGAAACAAGUCGCUUUUAAAAAACUAGCACACAAGAACUGUAAUUAAGAAAAACACAUUUGAUGUAAUUAGAUUGUUUAGGAUAGCUUAGGGAUGUUUAUGAUUAACAUAGGGGCUGAUGGAAUAGGCCCAUUGAUUUAAAAAACAAAAACAAAAAAAACACAUUUUUUUUAAAACUUUUAUUUUUUAAACACACUUCUAUUAGGUUGCCACCUGGCCGGUGUCGAUAUUGCAGUAAUACCAGCAAUACAAAUGCUGGUAUUCUUCUCGGUAUAAACAGAGAGUACUCUGCCGGCCAGGAGGGGUCACUGUGUGAGUGGAGAGAGGCAAGGAUAGGAAGUUGCAGCAUAUACCUGGGACACUGAGACACUUGGGGACACUGAGAGACAUGGAGACACUGAGACACUAGGGACACAAUGUCCCCAAGUGUCUCAGUGCUCCCAUGUCUCCCAGUGUCUCUAGUGUCUCACUGUUCCCAUGUCUCCCAGUGUCCCUAGUGUAUGUGUGCCCAUGUCUCCCAGUGUCCCUAGUGUCUGUGUCCCCAUGUCUCCCAGUGUCUGUGUCCCCAAGUGUCUCAGUGUCCCCAAGUGUCUCAGUGCCCCCAUGUCUCUCAGUGUCCCCUAGUGACAUGGGGACACUGAGAGACAUGGGGACACAGACUCUAGGGGACACUGGGUGAAAUGGGGACACAGACACUAGGGGACACUGGGCAAAAUGGGGACACUGGGCAACAUGGGGAUACAAAGACAUGGGACACUAGGAGACAUCGGUCUAAGUGUCCCCUAGUGACAUGGGGACACAGACAAUAGGGGACACUGGGCGACAUGGGGACACUGGGAGCAAUCCAUCUAUACAGCAGAAUCAAAUUGUAAGUAGUUUUUUGGUGAUUUCACAGAAUUUUCUCUGUCACUCCUUGUGAGUUGCAUCAUGUGAUGUCACGCAUACAUAAUUAGUUAUGCAAAUUAGUAAGGCCUGUAUUUUUUUCCAAGAAAGGUGGCAACCCUAACUACUCUUCACAUACUCUUGCUUAAGUAUGGAAACUUAAGAGGGAUAUAUGGAAACAAAACUUGUGUGGACUAGUUGAAAUGGAAUUAGUUAAGGUAAUGUUGACUUUGGUCUCUCUAACACUGUGGCAUGUUCCCUUUCUUCUGCACUUACUACAUCCACCUUUUCUAUGUCUUAGACUGUAUACCAGGAGCUUCUGCCUGCUAGUAAGAAGGUAAAGAGACACGUGGACAUGUGAGUGCUAGGGGAUAGUCAUUAGAAAGCAUGGAGCAAGCGCAUCAUUAGACGCAUUUAUGCCAAGCUCAGGAUGCUGUUGGCCAGCAUGCAUGAUUGGCAGGCAGUCUGACAUGCAUUCAUGCCAGGCUAGCCUUCCAAUUCUUUGGGCAGACACGUCUCCUUUUUGGGCAUGUUCAUCAGUGGCCACCCUUUUACACCGCCCAUUGACUUCCUGCUUCACUGGACACUGCUGUUAGGGGGUAUUGAUUUACUUGAAAGAUGAAAGCAUGAAUUAGAGAGAGAUUAGCAUAUUUUAAUAGAAUCUGAGUGUUUUUAUAACUGCAUCCCAUGAGUUUCCCUCCGGCAACAUCUCCAGCAAAUACAUAACGCUUGAGAGUUAUGACUGUUUUAGUCUUUUUGGUCGAUAAGAUUCUGGACUUAGGCCCCUCAUAAUUGUAAGCACCAGUUAAUCUGGCCCUGGCUCCACAGCAACAAAACUGCCCCCCUCAGACACACUGCACACCUCACACACACUGCGCACCCCUAACAUACACACACAAACUGCACCCCUAACAUACACACACAAACUGCACCCCUCAGACACAGUGUACCCCUCAUUUACACACUGCACCCCUCAGACACAAUACAUCCCAUGAGUUUCCCUCCGGCAACAUCUCCAGCAGAUACAUAACGCUUGAGAGUUAUGACUGUUUUAGUCUUUUUGGUCGAUAAGAUUCUGGACUUAGGCCCCUCAUAAUUGUAAGCACCAGUUAAUCUGGCCCUGGCUCCACAGCAACAAAACUGCCCCCCUCAGACACACUGCACACCUCACACACACUGCGCACCCCUAACAUACACACACAAACUGCACCCCUAACAUACACACACAAACUGCACCCCUCAGACACAAUACAACCCUCACACACCCACACUGCACCACUUACACACACUGUACCCCUCCACACAAGCACACUAACCCUCACAAACACACGGUGCCCCUCCAUGCACCCCACACACACAUUGCAACCCUCAGACACAUUAUACCCUUAACACACAUACACAUUGCACCCCUCACACACACACACACACACACACACACACACUUCACUCCUCCCACACACUGCACCCCCCACACACACACACACACACACACACACAUUGCACUCCUCACACACACUGCAUCCCUCACACACUCACAUUGCACCCCUCACACACUACUGCCCAUAUACUCUACUAGAGCCCCUAUCCUGGCAGACUCCAGGUAAGUUGUCAAACUGUUCUAAAACGGUUCGACUACUUAUUCUGGGGGGGACACCAUGGCACUCCUGAAAACAUAACCACUACAUAGAGCUGUAGUGGUUAUUGUGUCUGGAUUGUUCCUUUAAAUAAUUUACCAGUGCCCAUCCCGAGAUUAGGUUCUGGAUCCGCCCCUGUGUAUCUGUUAUUUGUAUCUGUUUGUAGGAGUAGGUAUUAUUAUACGUAAGAUUACAGUUUUUAUAGUUUAGGGGCAGAAUUUGAGAAGAGACCAAAUAUUAAAUCAUCAUAGAUGUUAAGAUGAUAGAGUCAGUCUCAUGGGUAUCACAUGGCAGAGUCUUCUGAUCGGUGAGUCAGUGAAAUGGCUCAUGGAUAGAUACAUAAGGUUUUACUUCAGGCAUAAUUUCUACUUAAUAUUAAAAUCUGUGAAGGCACCUUUAUUUUGUUGUAGGGUAUUUUAUGUAUACAUUCAAAAUGAGAUAUGUAUACAUGCACAAUAACCUUCAUAGAAACACACAUGUUCACAUAAACAAUGCUUUAAUCAGAAACUGCACACAUACAUUCAUGCAUUCAUUUACAUUUACCAGAACACGUAUAUUGACAGUCACACUAAAAUAAGACUCAUGGAUUUACAUGACACUGUAUAUAUGUAUUCAUGCAUUUGAACUGGCAAUUCACACAAAGCAAACAUUCAUAUUACCUCUACUUAAAACAAUAUGAACAUAAUGGAAAACAGGGCAGAAACAAAGAAAAUUCCAUGCUAUCUAGACAGUGGAGUAGCAGAGAGGGGGUAGAUGUCACCAGGUGCCGGGUCUGAUGGGGCACAACAGGCCUGCCCGGCAUAACUGCAGCAGUGGACUAUAAUUGUGAAGAAGAACUGCAGAAUCUGUCUCAUGAUGCUGCCUUGACAUCCUUGGCUUAAUAUAUAUUCAUACUGUAAUAGAUGGAGGCUGCAACAGCCUAACCCUCUGUCACCCUUUGUAUGCCCCAUGGCCUUUUGGUACAGUGUGAACAGACCAUAUUAACUGAGUGCAAGUGUGUUUCUCUAGAAGUAAGAGUGUAUGCCAGUACAGGCAUUUCUCACUUUAUGAAUUCCCGCUUUAUGAACUCCUGCCUUUAUGAACUUUUUUCUGGAUGCGCCGCCAUUUUGUUUCACCGCCAUUUUGUGUCAGUGGUCAAUGGAUAAGGACCGAGAAGAGUGCUUUGGAGCACAAACAAGAAGAGAAGAAGAAUAAUUUGUGGUCAGGAGUAGACAAGAAGAGAGAUGAGGAUCAGGAACACAGUUCCUGAAGAUAAAUGGAAGUCUAAAAACCAGGUUUAGAUUGUACUGUAUUCUUUUUGUGCUUUCAUGGGCAUAUAUUACAGAUCCUGUAAUAUUAUUGCACUGUGUGCUAUUGAGAUUUGACUUGAUUUGUCUGUGUGUGUCUGAUAUAGCUAUCUGUGUGUAUGUAUGUUUGCCAUUGUGCCAUGUCUUCGCAGGCAGCAAUAGUAAGGAGCAGGAGGAGGGCUGAAAAAAAGGGAGAAGGAAGAAAGUUUGAGAGCUGUAAAAAUAAAAGGAGUAACAGAAAAGAGCUAAAAAAGAGAUGCAAACUUGAAAGUAAGAGAGGAGAAGGAGGAGAGUUUGAGAGCUGUAAAAAUAAAAGGAGUAAAAGAAAAGUGAUAAAGGAGAGGGGGAGCUGAUAAUGAAGAAAAUGAAGUGCAGCAUGUCUCUUCAUUGAAUACUAUGAGGAUUGAUUAUAAUUUAAAGAUUUCAAUAUGGUAUGCAUGCCUUAAAAAUUCCUACAACAUACAUGUAUUUGCUAUGCUUUCAUUUUGUAUUUGUACUUAAAGGACCACUAUAGUGCCAGGAAAACAUACUCGUUUUCCUGGCACUCUAGUGCCCUGAGGGUGCCCCCACGCUCAGGGUCCCCCUCCCGCCCGGCUCUGGAAGGGGGAAAGGGGUAAAAACUUACCUUUUUCCAGCGCUGGGCGGAGAGCUCUCCUCCUUCUCUCCUCCUCCGUUCCUCCUCCUGGGCUGAAUGCGCACGCGCGGCAAGAGCUAUGUUUACAGCUGCACGGUUAAAACCUCCUUGAGCUGAAGUGGUCUGGGUGACUGUAGUGUCCCUUUAAUAAAUAGAUUUUGGUAAUUUUAUUCCACUUGUACAUUAUCUUUUAUAAUUCAACCUUUCAACUACGACCUGACACCAACUACUCUUUCCUAAUACUCCAAAGAGGUGGGGAUCAUACCACCGAUGCUGUUGUCAAAGAGCAGUGAGCCUGCUCUAUCCUUUGUGAGUAUGUUUUAUUACAUUUUAUUCAUUACAAAUAUUUUAUUGAAAGCACUAUUGUUGUUUUUUUUCCUUUUGGGUUCCUGACACAACCAUCUUUAAGAACACUCACCAUAUAUCCCAUAAGCGGGGAUUGUACUGCUGCACGCUUAUCACACCAGAGCUGGCUUAAGCUCUACUCAAUGUGUGUGUAAUCCUUAUAUUUUAUUGUUUUAAUUAUCCACUGUAGAACAUACUGCACCAUUUUUCUGUUUCUAUUUCUUAUUGCCCUUUGUUUGGGUCCCUGAUAUCACAACUUGCAAGAGGACACUCACCAUAAAUCCCAAAUGCGGGGAUUAUACCGCUGUAUGCCAUACAUACCAGAGCUGGUUUAGGCUCUGCUAAAUGUGAGUGUAACAUUACUACUUUACUAAUAUAUCUGCACUUUGAGGAAUGUAUUGCACCAUUACUUUCGCUCACCUUUUAUCACCCUUUUCUAUCUAUAUGGAUAUUUGAGAAGUGCAAGAACCACCAUUCCCUGACUUCAGAGAUUUCCACUGGACUCCAGUUCUACACACCUAGACUUUGUCGAGCUAAGACUUUUCAUUUUAUUCUUAUAUUGUGGCGUAGCCCAACUGUUUUUCUCUUUUCGUUGUAUCUCUUUGAUUACCUUUAAGGGCCUUGAUGGACCCCUUGUUUGGGUUCGCUGCCUCCUCUUUUUUGGAUUUAUUUGCGCCAACUCUUUCCUGUUUUCCUAUCAUUCUCAGCCUAACAUAUUUGGUUAUGUUACAUUUUAUCAGCUGCAACAUUGAGGUAUUUAUCUGCAUGAUACUGAGUUUUGUAGCUGUGGACCUCUGUGAUUGCUGGGGCAUGCUGCUGUGAAACCUUGCCAGAUAGGCUGCAACACUGCUGGUUGUUGGGGUUUUUUGUUGCUGUGGAGCACUGUUGUAAUCAGUGUCACUACUUAUUUCUGUUGGUUUUGCUGCUAUGGAACUCUGUGGUGCAUACAUGUACACAUAGCUUUUUACAGUUUUGCUUUUCGCAUGUAUGAGUGAUGUAAAAGAAACUAUCCUACACAUUCUAAUGACAUCACUUGAGUUUUUUGUGAUUACAGUUAUUGUGUGCUAUCUUUGUAAACAUGAUUCUCAGGCAAAGAUUACUUGUAUUGUAUGGUAUUAAUACUGAUGUCCAUAGUUUUGCUGUAAUCAUUCCUUUCACAUCAGUGAUUUGUUGCAGCGUUAAUUUUGUCGAUUAAAAAUUUUAGUCAAAUUUAUUUUUAUUGACUAAACCUAAAAUGGCUUUUUAGUUAAAAGACUAUGACUAAAACUAAAUUGAAAUUUACCGCCAAAAUUAACACUGCACAGAGGGGCUGUGGAAGGGACAAAAGAGACAGACCAGGACUUGGGAGAAAGAGAGACAGAGGGACUGGGGAAGAGGCAAAAGAGACAGAUAAAGGCUUUAACUAAACUAAAGUUGUGUCGACUAAAAUCUAUUGAAGAUUUAGUCGACUAAAACUAUACUGAAUAAAAUACGACUAGAAGUAAAGUGGCUUUUUAGUCAAAAGACUAUGACUAAAACUAAAUUGAAAUUGGCUGCCAAAAUUAACACUAGUUUGUUGAUUCAGUCAUAUCAUUUUCUGUUCAUGCAGAAUCCAGCUUGACUAUGUAUUGUUCUCAGCUACCUGCUACUUGAGCCCCAGUCUGGCUAUAUGGCAAACAUAGAUAUAUUUACUUUAUCUGUUUCUCCAAAAUCAGACAAUAUACUUGGUCAGUAUGAUAUAUUGUGGUGUUAUUGGUAGUAAUAGUAUAUAGUUUUACGUUGUAAAACAGGACCCUGUUCAUAAUGAACAACAAUACACCUCUCAUUCGCAAUAACGUAUACACUUACAGUGUCUCACUGUUAAAUAUAUUAUGUUUAUUUGGUAGUUGCUUUAAGUAGCAGUCUCUAUUGCUUAGUGUUAUGAAGUAUGCAUGCCUCACUGCCUAAUUAAUAUAUCAGGUUUGUUUGAGGCAUGUCAUUCACUUAUUUAUGUCAUGUUAAAAGUAAAUUUCAGGCACGGCACAUGUCCUCACUGUUACUAUGCCUCACUGUGACAAUGCCCAGACAUGUGUCUGGUUAUUACAAAGUUGUUAUUUUUGUGUUAUGUGAGCUCGCUUUUCAGCAUAUUAAUUACAGGGGUUUAGAUAUUUAUAUAUACUGCCCACCUCCUUCGCAACCUUCUCACAUAUAUGUAUUCACAUUAAGAACUGAUCAGUACAUUAAGUCUCGCCAUGUAUGCUUCAUACUGGCCAUUAAAUAUCUAGAGCAGGGGUAGGCAAUCUUCGGCACUCCAGAUGUUGUGGACUACAACUCCCAUAGUGCGUCUACAGCCAUAAUACUGGCAACGCAUCAUGGGAGAUGUAGUCCAAAGCAUCUGGAGUUUCAAAGGUUGCCAACCCCUGAUCGAGAGCUUUUUUAGCAUACAUGGUCAACUGGAUCAUUUAAUAUACUGAUUCAAUUUUAAUUGGUAUUCUUUUGGUAAAACUAGAGCAUUUUAAUCAUUCGGGGCUAAUUUUACUUACUUCACCUACCUUACUGGCAAUCACUCUGCCACAUUUUCAUAGUGUUAGUAACGUAGUACUGAAUUAUGAACACUAAAUUCCCUUGUCACUAUUGAACCUCUGUACACCUAUUGCCCUCUGCGUUUCUAUUCACUUAUACUAUCAAGUUCUAAGCUUUAGCUUUCAAAAACUAUUUGUUUUGUCAAUCUCUUUAUUGUCAACGAGAGGCCAACAUUCCACCAUAACGCUUGGUAGGAUACUUACUCAAUGGUCCAACCCUCUGUGACAAAACCCCUGUUUUGUGAAUGUCAGGACCCUCUAUUUUGUCUGCUGUUCGUGUAUUUAUCCCUAUUUCGUUCCUUUCUUAAAAACCGAACAAACUACCGAAAAGCCAGACCACCCGCAAUAGCAGCUCAUUAAUCACCCAGAAGCUGCGGUUAACCACAACAACUAUUUGACGAACGGCUGGGUGGCCAUUUUAAACCCAGCGGUGUUUGGUCGUCGACCACGUAGAACUAUUUAGGCCACAAUUUCACACGAACCCUGUUGGGACUAUCCAACUUCCACCUUUUUCGUCUUUCGGUACAUUCAAUACACGAACGAGACCGACCCCAGAUAGCUAAAUCCAUGGAGCCAAUUUUGGAUAUAUUUCUAGCGAACAGUCGGUGAACAGACUCUUCAGCUCCAUGGCGUUUGGACUGUGUUCGUGGGAUCUGAGCGGUGUUCGGUUAGAUUGAGCGCUCAGACCCAAGCUAUCUGGGGAUAUGUCGAAUGUGUGGGUUCCGUUUGGUAAAAUAAAAGUUAUAUAUUUUAAUGUAUUUUGUUACUUUUGUAAAAUGGAAAUAUUUUCUCUACCUGGAGAUAAUUAAGUUUACUACAGAUACUGAACCUAAUUAUCUCCAGGACAGAGAGGAGGGAUUUCACUGUUUAUGUGGUGUGUUUUAUAUUGUACUGUAAAAUGAUUGGUUAAUGUAUCUUGUGUUUCAGUCCUCCACAAGGUCCCUGUGGGAGUAUCCCUUGCUGGAGGACCUGCAUCAAAGGCCGAGCUGUGGCCAUCAUUAAACAGAUUGUUUUACCCCUUCAUUAAGUCUCGACUGAUGUUUGGGGGAUUGAGAGCUAUAUUCACUAUUCUGCUCUACUUCAGCUGGGAUUUCGGGAGAAGCUACAAGGAUCUUUCCUACAGGGAUAAUAGGAUCCGUUACAGCCUCACAUCACCAUUUGCAACUAGUUGGGCCUCCUAAGUCACCAAUGAUACCUCAAUUGUUUCACAGCUUGACAUAAGAUAGCUCAGCCAGUACUUGGAUGUUUUACAGUUUGUCAUAAGAGCCUAUGGUUGAGCUCAAUGAAAACCUUUCAGUAUAAUUCAUUUCUUCUGUUUCAGGUAUGGUUAUAACGACCACUACAACAUUUGGAAUGAUAGAGUGGGGAAAAGAAAUAAGAGGGAAUUUUGGGUCAAUCAACAUUCUGGCAGUUUGUUUUUGGCCCAGUUUUGGAUGAUGCACUUAGACACAAACUGUUGGGAAGAGCCAGCAAUUGACUUACAGUGGCUAGUCAGCAGCUGUAGUUACAUCCAAUACAUUAUCUUACAACUAGUAUAGUUGUGACGAGACCAAUCUCGCCACAUUGCAUUGGAGAAGCCUGGUUGCUCGCCUGCUGCCUUUGGACUAUGGCCCCCUGUUAAAAGACAUCUUUUUUACCUGCAGAAAAGCUUCAUUCGUGAUUUUCUGCCUGGGGUUCGGUAGAUUCAAUCUACCGAACAACCGUAUGAAUGACUGGACCACCUGGGAGCUGGAGUGUGCCGGCAAUUAACCUCCCUGAAGCUGCGGUUAACCGCAGCUUAAUUGACGAAUGCUGGGUGGCCGCCAUUCGUAUCCCGAACACGAGGUCGCGGCCAUUUUAAACAUACGAAUGCACAGCGGUGUUCGCCUCUAUUUUCAUGGAACUAAAAUCGGACACAGUUUUGCGCGAACACCGCUGAAGCUGCCGACCUCCCUUCUUGUUCGGUGGAAGUGCACGAACGGCCCGGUGUUCGGUAGUUCUGUUUGAAUAGGUUAUACCCCAGAUAGGAAUCCCAUGGAGCCCAUUCGUAUGAAACUGACUGUAAAGACUUUGGCUCCAUGGCAAUUAAACUGUAUUCGUGUGGUCUGAGUGCCAUUCACCUAAUAAUGUGCACUCAGACCUGAGCUAUCUGGGGAUAUGUUACAUGUCUGUGUUUUAUGUAAUAAAUGUUACUUUAUGUAUUUUAAAGUAUAAUGCUGGUUUUGUGUCCCCACAUGGGUAAUGGAGUUUUGCCUUUGUCUUGGAAGAUAAUUGAGUUACUUCUCAAUUAUCUCCCAGGGCAGAGGGGAGGAAGCCAGGAUGCAUUGUGGGAAUAUACUGUGACUGUGUGUCCUUUUUGUAUACUUGUCUGUCCCUUGUCACAGUCUCCCAUUUGGUCCCCUAGGGGAGUGUCCACCAGGUGGGAGACCUGCAUAAAAGCAGGGCAGGUAGCCCUCAUUAAACAGACCACUGCUUGACCCUCAACACGGAGCCUUGUCUCGUCUUUGGGGGGAUUUACUGUAUGCUGCUAAGGACCGAUUGCCAGGAGUGUAAGCCGCUUGGGAGCUUUUCCUGUUCGUCUGGUAGCAGCAAUUCGUAUGGUUCCUGUUCAUGUAUUUGGAGUGCUACCUUAUUCCCUUGUAUGCCGUUCGGGAGUUUGGAGCAUUCACUUGUAUUCAGUUCGUGAGUUUUGGUGAUUCUGCAGUAGCUUUGCCUGUCUCUGAAAGGGGAUUAUCGUCUAAGUGGUUUUUUCCCUUUUGUGCAAAACGGUCCGUUACAAUAGUUUUAUGUUUCAACAUUCCUCACUGGGUUACAGUAUAAUUACUGCCCAAUUCUACUACUUAAUUACAUUAUUAAAGGACCACUAUAGGCACCCAUACCACUUCAGCUCAAUGAAGUGGUCUGGGUGCCAGGUCCAUCUAGGAUUAACCCAGCAGCUGUAAACAUAGCAGUUUCAGAGAAACUGCUAUGUUUACACUAGGGUUAAUCCAGCCUCUAGUGGUUGUAUCACUGACAGCCGCUAGAGGUGCUUCCGCACUUCACACUGUGAAAAUCACAGUGAGAAGAUGCUGACAUCCAUGGGAAAGCAUUGAGAAAUGCUUUCCUAUGGACUGAUUGAAUGCGGGCGCAUUCAGAGCUGACGUCGGGAGAGGGAGGAGAGUUCCCCAGCGCUGAGGGAGCCCGGCGCUGGAGAAAGAUCAGAGUUUAACCCAUUCAGCCCCCUUGAGCCCAGCGGGAGUGGGACCCUGAGGGUGGGGGGGGGACCUAAAGACCCUAUAAGUUCUUCAUUUUUAUCUUCCAAGCAACCUAGGAAGAUAUUGGCAGUAUGUAAGAGUUGUUGAAUCAGUCAAGGUACAAGCAAGGCCUAAUAAUAGGAAGGGGUUUAUUAAUUUAGUUUUGUUCUGAGAUUAGGUGGUAUUAAUAUUUUUGCCUCUUUUUUUCAAGCCCACCUGUUUAUUGGUUUUGGCACACCACAACUGACUUGCUCUUACUGGUUUAGCUCAAACCUUAUUGAAUGCCUUUGGUCAUUGGUCCUUGCCACACAUAUAAAAGCAUUAUACCUGGAGUUGUGGGAGUGGUUUAGUCCAGCAAUAUCAGGAAUGAGGAUGUGAUAGCACUGAUCUCUAAUAAAUGCAAUAAAUGCAACAUUUCAUUUCAAAAGCAUCAUUUAGAGGUGGUAAAGACACAAAGGUAUAUUGAGGUAGCCAUUUUAUUGGCAUACCACAUGUGUCUAUGUUAAUCUGCAUCCUUCCUUUUUUGCAGUCUUUUUUCUUGUUCUCUAACUUCUUAUGCUCUUUACAGCGGCCUGGAUGAAAGAGAAGACAGGUCAAGGAGACAUGAGAUACUGUGGUAAGGAAAAAAUAUUUUAACAGUGAGAUUUAUUCAAUAGAUCUGUGACUCAGGCCCAGACUGGGCAAAAUUUCAGCCUGGGCAUUUCAAGGCAAAACAGCUUAAUAGACGCAGCACCCCCCUUAAAGUGCACAGACAUGGCACUGGAAAACCGUCAUGGCUUUGUUUAGCACACACCCACAAAUUAAUUGACACACUUUCUCUAUCUGAGCUAAACCUUGCUGAGAAUAAUCAAUUGGAACUCUCAGCCAAUGAGCCAAAGCCAGGCUUAGCUUAGGAAAACUGACAGAAACUCCCAGUUCUCCAUAGUUUGAGGCAGGGAAACGUUAAACUUUUCUAAAAUAAUUCGCUGCUUUACAAUAGGGGUGCACCAGGGCACUUUUUGAACUAUAACUACUACAGUGAACUUGGAGAGUCUCUUUUGAUACUGUGAUAAGAAAAAAAAUGUGUUGAGAAAAGCAUGGAUGGAUGCCUUCUCCUGUCUUUGGAGGCAUAGAAGGUUUCAAGAGAUUAUAUUGAGAGAUUUAUGGAAAGGGUGUUAAAGGGGUUUAUACAUCUUUUUUUUUUUUGUUUAUAAUGGCCUAUUUGGCACUAGGUAAUAGGUCCCCCCCUUAUAAAAGAAAUUCAUGUAUGAAUUAAUUUAUUUAUAAAUUAAAAAAUCAGUUUAAAACUUACCUGGAAUCCAGUGCUGAACAAUUAUCUUCCACUCCCCAUUUCAAGCAAAAACAAAGCACAGAUAGAUUCUUACCACCAUGAUCACUUAAAAAAAAAAAAAAGUGGUCAUUGUGAUGGUAGUAACCGUUUAAGUAAAUAUGGGCUAUCUAACCAGUUAAAAAAGGAAAGGGAUCAUAGCAUUAUUCAUUAUUGUGAUGAGUUUCAAUCUCAGUGUUUCUUUCUCAUAAUUUUUUAUGAGGUUUUAUGGGAAUUAGGUUCUUUCCCCAACGCUUUAUGUUACAGCUUUUUUGGUGUUUAGUAUUAGAAGUAAUAUGGAUAUGGGGUGAUCAAGUUCCAGGGUUAGAAGAACAGAAAAUCUGUCUUUCUGGUGAAGAUAUCAUAUUGCCAUUAAAUUCUCCACACAUGAUAUUAUUUAUUAGGAAUUACACACUCAGGACUUUUCCAAAGAAAUUUCCAGCCCUUCCUUAACAACUACAUUGGUUCUCAUUUUCAUGGAGUUCCUCUUCAUAUAUUUAGGUAUUGAGUAAACAUUUAAAGGGACACUAUAGUCACCAGUGCAACUACAUGUAUUCCUGACCCUAUAGUGUUAACACGACCAUCUAGGCCCCCCGGUCCCCUCAUGCAUCCAUAAGUAUAGUAAAAAUCUUACUGUAUUCAAGCCAGAAGCUGUAAAUCUGCAUGCUUUUAGACUUUAGGAAAACGAGCAGUCUGCUGACAUGUGAUAGCCUGAUCCAAUCACAGUGCCAGAGACCAGACUGGACUGGCCCACUGGGAUACUGGGAUAUUUCCCGGUGGGGCCGUCGGCACCUCGGGCCGGGCAGGCAGCUGGCUGACCUGCGGCCGCAGAGGGAGCUCUUUUGGCGGCCGCAGGUGGAGCUGGCUGUUCUGUCUCUGCUCCCCGCCCCAGCGCGCUGCUUACUGAGACCAGGGCCGGAAUAUGAAGUCAUAUUCCGGCCCCGGUCUCAUUAAGCUUUGUGCUGGGGCGGGGGAGCAGAGACAGAACAGCCAGCUCCCCCUGCGGCUGCCAAAAGAGCUACCUCUGCAGCUGCCAUAAGAGCCAGCUCCCCCAUGCGGCCGCCAUCAGACUGAGCUCCCCAUGCGGCCGCCAUCAGAGCUCCCCCUGGGGCCGCCAGCACACAGGUAGCAAUUAUGUGUAUCAGUGUGAGUGUCUGUGUGAGUGUCUGUGUUAUGGUAUGUGUGUGUCUGUCUGUGUCAUUGUGUGUGUCUGUCUGUGUAAUUGUGUGUCUCUGUCUGUCAUGGUGUCUGUGUCAUGGUGUGUGUGUCUCUCUCUGUGUCAUGGUGUGUGUGUGUGUGUCUGUCUGUGUCAUGCAAUGUGUGUCUGUGUCAUGGUGUGUGUGUGUCUGUCUGUGUCAUGGUGUGUGUGUGUCUGUCUGUGUCAUGGUGUGUGUGUCUCUGUCUGUCAUGGUGUGUCUGUCUGUGUCAUGGUGUUUGUGUGUGUGUCUCUGUCUGUGUCAUGGUGUGUGUGUGUGUCAUGCAAUGUGUGUCUGUGUCAUUGUGUGUGUCUGUCUGUGUCAUGGUGUGUCUGUCUGUCAUGGUGUGUGUGUCUAUCUGUGUCAUGCAAUUUGUGUCUGUGCCAUUGUGUGUGUGUGUGUGUCUGUCAUGUAAUGUGUGUCUGUCUGUGUCACAGUCUGUCUGUGUCAUGGUGUGUGUGUGUCUCUAUGUCAUGGUGUUUGUGUGUCUGUCUGCAUCAUGUAAUGUAUGUCUGUCUGUGUCACGGUGUGUGUGUGUCUGUGUCACGGUCUCUCUGUGUCAUGGUGUGUGUGUGUCUGUCUGUGUCAUGUAAUGUGUGUAUGUGUCACGGUGUGUGUGUGUCUGUGUCACGGUCUGUCUGUGUUAUGGUGUGUGUGUCUUUUUUAAGGUGUGUGUCUGUCACGGUAUGUUUGUGUGUCUGUCAUGGUAUAUGUGUGUCUCUGUCAUGGUGUGUGUGUCUGUCUGUCUGUAUCAUGGUGUGUCUGUCUGUCAUGGUGUGUGUGUUUCUGUCUGUGUCACGGUCUGUCUGUGUCAUCAAGCUUCAUGUCUGUCAUGGUAUGUGUGUGCGUAUGUGUGUUUUUACUCACCUUUUUUUUUCCCCACGUCGUGCUGGUCUCCCCUCGACUGGCCCUGCCUCUAUGGCUGAGAUCAUUAAGCUUGAUGAUCUCAGCCAAUCCGCACUGACACAGGAAGCACCUCUAGUGACCGUCUGAGUGUCUGUCACUAGGAAGCAAUGUAAACACUGCCUUUUCUAUAAAAAGUCAGUGUUUACAUUGAAAAGCCUGUAUACACACUAGAACCACUACAAUAAGCUGUGUGUGUGUGUGCGCUUGUGUGUAUCUAGGAUGCAUCUAGGGUGGCAAGACAUAGCCUUACAUAUUACAUGCGACAAUAUAUGGCGCAAUGACUUAUGGGGCUGGCAUAGAUUUUUUUUCCAGGGCUGCUUUGGAAUGCCCAGUCCAGCCCUGACUGAGACUGACAAGGAGGCAGAUCAGGGGCAGAGCCAGCAUGAUUCAAACACAGCCCUGGCCAACCAGUAUCUCCUCAUAGAGAUGUAUUCAAUCAAUGAAUCUCUAUGAGGAAAGUUCAGUGUCUGCAUGCAGUGGGAGGAGAUACUGAAUCACAGGAUGUUCGUGCACAGCAGAUCUGAGUGGAUGGAGGCAUAUUAUGAAGUCCCUCUGGUUCACUCUGAGUGACUGCAACUGGAGGUGUUCCUAGCUUUCAAUGUAAACACUGUAUUUUCCUCAUUAGUUGUUCAGGUGACUAUAGUGUCCCUUUAACCCCUUAAGGACCAAACUUCUGAACUAAAAGGGAAUCAUGUCAUGUGUCCUUAAGGGGUUAAAGGACCACUAUAGUGCCAGGAAAACAAACUCGUUUUCCUGGCACUAUGGUGUUAAUAGGUCCCUCCCACCGUCAGGGUCCCCCUCCCGCCGGGUUCAAGAGGGGUUAAGGGGUUAAACACUUACCUUUAUCCAGCGCCGGGCUCCCUCGGCGCUGGGGACUCUCCUCCCUCUUCUGACGUCAUCCGCACGAAAUCACAGUGAGAAGUGCGGAAGGGACACUAUAGGCAACCAGACCACUUCAGCUCAUUAAAGUGGUCUGGGUGCACUGUCCCUGUCCCCUUAGCUCUGCAAUGUAAAAUUUUUCACUUUUAGAGAAACUGUUAACAUUACAGUGUGAAGACUGCCUCUAGUGGCUGUCUCCCAGACAAACACCGGAGGCACGUCCUGCUGUUUCACAGAGCUUGACUCAGCGUUUUCAAAAUUCCCAUAGGAAAAUAUUGAUUCUAUGUGUUCCUAUUUGGUAGGCCUAAUGCGCAUGUGCCGUUUGCUGCGCGGGGAAGGGUGUGGGGUCAGAGGGAACUAUAGUGUUUUCAUAACAGCUUUGUAUACCUAAAACUGUACUGUUCUUUUAAAGCCAAUACAAGGUUUUGGAGACAUUAAUUCAAUUAAUGCCAAUAUAGGGUUCUAGAGACAUUCAUAUGCCACUUGCUUCUUCUGUCUUCUGUUUACUUUGAGGUGUCCAAGUUAAAUAAAAAGUAUUUAAAAAACACAACACAUGGCUAACUUACAGUUAGCUACUGGUCUAUGCAAGGCCCCUUUAAGAAUGUUAUUUAACUUUAAAAAAAAAGUUCAACUGCAUGUUUGCACUGCUAGUAACAGUAACUGAAGUGUAUACAUUAACAUGCUGAUUGAUUUUCUAAAGUUGACUGUAUAAUUUUACCCUGAUCUUUGUUUUCCAGGUGGCAGUGGGGUAGUGAGCGAGUGCUGGGCAGACUCCGAAGUGGAUUCCUCUAGUUCAGGGCAGCCUAUCCACCUUUGGCAGUUCUUAAAAGAACUUUUAUUGAAGCCACAUAACUAUGGGCGAUCCAUUCGUUGGUUGAACAAAGAGAAAGGUGAAUGCACAUGUUUUUCCCGACACUUGAUAUUGCAUUGCCUGUAUUGCUUAUAUUUAUAGUUUUUCCUUUUAUAUUUAAAGGAAAGCUUUAGAAAAAGCUUGGCACAGACCGUUUCUUCCGUGCUACUUUUACAUUCUGCACACUUCAGUAACUACUUUUUAGGCUACUACAAUCGAGAAUAUCCAUAAGUUUAGUUUACUAUUUAGUAUUGAGGUAAAAAAAAUAAAAAAAAAAUUAAAUGGAGCCAUAGAAAAUUAACUCAGCUACAGUAUUACUUUUAAAGAAAAAGCACCAAACUGGUGAUGCUGAGUCUGAUUUGCUAGCUAGUGUUAGGAGAUGUUCCUAGGAAAAUUGAGAUUUGAUUUUUUUUCUUUCAUAACUCCUACUGAUCAUAGACAUGAAAAGACGCUAUGUGACACAUAGAUACAUUGUUUAAUUAAAAGAACCCUACUGCUAUAAUGGACUGGUGCUCUCUCAUGGUAAGACAUCAAACCACUCUGAGGCAGGCGUUGCUUAAGCUGUACAUUGGGCCUGCUCAUUUGCUGAGUGCAAUAUCAAUCAGGUUGGCUACUUAUCUUUGGACGGUGCCUGUGUGAUCCUGGCACUAUAUGUACUACAACCGGCUGUACUGGUAUGGUGCUGGAAGUUUUCUUUUAAAUUACUUUGAAUAUGCAGCUCUAAGUCUCACCUCUCCUGGCUGUGACUCACAAUCAGCUGUGAGCCACAGCCUUCAUGAAAGAAAGAUUUCAUUUUCACACUGAUCUUAUAGCACAGUGUGUUUACUGUUCUUAUCUCCUGUUCUGUUAAUUGAACACAUGCAGAAGGCUGCUGUAUGGUCAAGCAGGCAAUUAACAGAGCAGGCGGUACAAACUUCUAAAUUAAACAGACAGUGCAAUAAGAUAAGGUUUGACCUCUUUUUCUGGAAGUGUGUGGCAAGGCUGUAUGAGUCAGCCAAGGAAAAUGGGCUAGGGCUGCAUAAACAAAGUGGUACUAAGAACGGAUAAUGGCUCAAGUAGCUCUUUCUUUGCUGAGUCCCUGCUCAGGUCUCUUUAAAGGACCACUAUAGUGCCAGGAAAACAUACUCGUUUUCCUGGCACUAUAGUGCCCUGAGGGUGCCCCCACCCUCAGGGUCCCCCUCCCGCCCGGCUCUGGAAGAGGGAAAGGGGUAAAAACUUACCUUUUUCCAGCGCUGGGCGGAGAGCUCUCCUCCUCCUCUCCGCCUCCGUUACGCCGCGCCGCUGAAUGCGCACGCGCGGCAAGAGCUGCGCUACGCAUUCAGCCGGUCUCAUAGGAAAGCAUUUACAAUGCUUUCCUAUGGACGCUAGCGCUCUCACUGUGAAAAUCACAGUGAGAAGCACGCAAGCGCCUCUAGUGGCUGUCAAUGAGACAGCCACUAGAGGCUUUGGGGGAAGGCUUAACCCAUUCAUAAUUAUAGCAGUUUCUCUGAAACUGCUAUAAUUAUGAAAAAAUGGGUUAACCCUAGAAGGACCUGGCACCCAGACCACUUCAUUAAGCUGAAGUGGUCUGGGUGCCUAGAGUGGUCCUUUAAGUUUUAGGUCAAUGUGUCAUUAAAAAAGAGAACCUUAGUCACACAUUUAGACUGAUCCCACACAUAAGCACAGUCCAGAUCCAAAACCCUGGAAAGUUUCCUGGCAAGAGAGACAUACAACAACCCCAGACAAUUUUGCUUGUUGAGCCUCCUCAACAGGGGCAGCUGUAGACUUUGCGAGGCCUCAGGCGAAACUCAAACACCAUUAGUUGAAAAAAAAAAUAGUGGUUGCCUUGUGUGUGCAUAAGGAGCUGUACCUGUAUUGAAGGGCGAACUUGCAGCUUUUGAUACAGAGAUGUAAUCUCUGUAUUCAUCUUCAGAGGCUUGCAUUGUCGCAGCUCCCUAUGCCACUGCGUUGUGAGCACUUGUAGAUACUUGUAGAUGACUGUAGAUAUGGUAUAAUAUGCUAAUCAUUUAUAUACAAUUGCUGGGUAUGGUUGUAUAGCCUGUCAGUUGUGUAUACAUAAGUGCCAGUGUGAAGGGGUUAUUUGAAAAAUCUACAUUUUGUUUGGGUUUUAAAAAACAAAUAUUUUCCAAAUAAUAAAGAAAGUUACAGAUAAGAAAACAAUGAUGUCAUAGACCUUUCCCCACAUAUUCUAACAUCUUUUGAAUCACAACAAUCAAAAAAUACCACAAAAUAAAGCAACAUAUUGUCUAGGUUUUUUUUUAAAUUAUAUUUUAAUAUAUUUAUGUGCAAUCAAAAGUCUGUAAAUGUUUCCUAUAAUGUUUAGAAAAUAAUGAAUACAGCUACAUACAUUCUUUUAUUUUUGUUGACACCAUUUUAGAUAAACACUUUUUUUUUGGCAGUGUGGAGGUGGUGUAUGUUUCUGUUCAAUUAGUAUGCCUAGCUUUUUUUCUUACAUUUUAUGAUGUAUUUCAUUAGUUUAUAUGGUCAAUAUUUGUCUCCUAUUUGUACUUUUUGUGAAAGAUGCUUUUCUAAUUUCAGGUAUUUUCAAGAUAGAAGACUCUGCACAGGUUGCACGUCUGUGGGGAAUCAGGAAAAACAGACCAGCAAUGAACUACGAUAAACUGAGCCGCUCUAUCCGUCAGUACUACAAAAAGGGAAUAAUUCGCAAGCCGGAUGUAUCACAGCGCCUUGUUUAUCAGUUUGUGCACCCACAGUGA